UUACACGUUACUCUUCUUGGCGGUGAGUGGAGUUCGUCCGCUGGUGGGUUGUCAACCAUAAACAGAGAACUUGCUAUUCACCUUUCAAAUCAUUCAGUAGUGAAGGUUUCUUUGUUAGUCCCCGAGGGAGCUUGCAAUCAUGAAGAAAAAAAUGAAGCCCUUACCCAUGGAAUCACUGUCGUUGAGGCGAAGAGACGUGCAGCAUUUGAUCGUCUUCUUUGGUUAAGCUCACCACCCAAGGAUCAUGUCAUGGACAUCGUUGUUGGCCAUGGUGUAAAACUUGGUCGGCAGGUACAAUUCAUUAUAGACUCUGCUAAAUUUCCAAACUGUAAAUGGGUACAAGUGGUGCACACUGCUCCAGAGGACCUUAGCAGAUACAAAUGCUACAGUGACCCCAUUUCAAAAGGUGAAACAAAACACGAAUCAGAAGUUGAACUUUGCAAACUUGCUGAUCUUGUUGUGCCUGUGGGACCUAAACUGAAAGAAGCAUACACUUCAUAUUUGCAGCGAUGCAAGACAGAUCAUGACGUUUUGUCGAUUACUCCAGGCCUUUUUCAAAGGGAGUUUGGGGAUUUAGUGGCAAAACAAGAUCCUAACAAGGAUGGUGAAUUCAAAGUGUUGUUAUUUGGUCGUGGGGAUGAUGAGGACUUUGAACUCAAAGGAUACAACAUUGCUGCUAAGGCAUUUACUGAUCAACGGUUAAAAAACAAACCUUAUCAUCUAAUUUUUGUUGGAGCACCUGAAGGAAAGCAAGAAGAAGUUAGAGAAAAACUUCUACAGCGUGGUAUUGCAGAAGCACAGUUGACUGUUAGAAAAUUUAUACAAAGUAGAGAGAGACUAAAAGAUUUGCUGUGCGAAGCUGAUCUUGCCAUCAUGCCAUCAAAAUCAGAGGGAUUUGGUCUUGUUGCCCUUGAGGCCUUGUCUGCGGGGUUACCCAUUCUUGUAGGCAGUAGGUCAGGAUUUGCCAAAGCAUUAGAGAAUGUUCCGAUUGGUUUUUCAUGCAUCGUGAAUUCAGAUGACCCUGCAGAAUGGGCAAAAGCAAUAGAAGUUGUUCGUAUAAGGCAUCGAAUGAGGCUUCAAGAGAUAAAAUCAGUGAGAGUAUCUUAUGGGGAGAUGUACAGUUGGAAGGAGCAAUGUGAAGCCCUUGUGAACAGAAUGUGGAAAAUGAGUCAUGGUAAGAGUUAUUUGUUAAGUGAUGAUGUAUUUAAUUGAUUAUGUUGUACCAGACAGUACACUAAUGUAGUUUUCGUGGCACAAUGUAUGCAAAUAUAAGGGUGCAGCGAUGGUCUUUCACAAACACUGAAUACACGUAGUUCUUUGGCCACAUUUUCAAGUACUAUAAAUUCUCUUUGCAAAUUUAGUACAUGUACGAGUUGUUCCAGAAUAUUUGACCACUAAAUUGAUUGCUAGAUAAAUAUGGCCAAGACAAUAAUAUACUUGUUUACAUUCCUAAUAAGUUACUUUCCUAAGAAGUCACCUUCAAUUCUUUUACGUGUAAAGCCAUACCUGAAUUUUAGUAUAGGUAAUAGCAUGAUUUGUAGUGAUAUUUGGCAUAAAUACCACGAGUGAUAUUUCAAAAUUGUUAUACAAAAUUUCACGAGCCGUUAGGCGAGUGAAAUUUGAGACAAUUUUGAAAUAUCACAAGUGGUAUUUAUGCCAAAUAUCACGCACAAAUCAUGCUAUUAUUUGUUUAUACUACUACCCACAAAGGGUUUGUAAUUUUCACAUGUAGGUAUUUCAAAUUAAGCUGAAAAACCACUGCUCUAAGCCAAUCAAAUUGCAGAAAUUUUUCAUGUAGUAGUAUAAGUGUUGUUAUUUUUAAACUGCUACUGAAGGACAACAUACAAAGACAGUCAGUUUUGUGUUGGGCUGUGACAAACAUGCAAAAAUAAUAUGGGCUACUUGAAAUUUUGAAAUUUUACCACUACGCCUGCAUUUGUAGAGUCUUGCAGCUGAAGCAAGCUCGGCUAAAAAGUGAAAAGAAACAAAAAUGGGAUCGCUUACAAGUUUUACCUGUAAGUCCUGAUAAAAAUGUUCGCGAAUACCUAUCUGAACGUUAUGCUCUGAUAACAGCAAAACGUGUCUAUUUCUUCAGGUACAUUGUUUUGAGCGGAAUGGUCUGUGGAGGCUAUUUUGAGACUGUCGUAGACAGUCAUAGUCCUUAUUUACAGCACUUCACAUAUUUGAUUGUAGUUAUAUACACAUAAUGCCCGCAAUAGCAUGUUAAUUUCUCCAUUUUGUUGCAACAGAAGAUUCUCUAAAGGCCCGGAGCUUCUUAGGAUCAAAGUGCAACGCUUCUAAGAGGAUGGAAAGCAUGACUGAGGACCAUGAAGGUAUCUUCGUAGACAGAAUACGUAGAACUGAUCAGUUCUGUCUAUUCUUAACCAACUGGGAGAAGGGCUGGAUGCGCGCGAGAGGGAGCAAAAAAUAGGGACGGGGAGGGAAAUAAAACGCCGGAUACCGAGCUUCUGUCCCAGGAAUACACAACCUGAUAUAUGCCCAACAAAUGUCCCCCCCCGGGGAGGAAUGGGCACACCUGGAAUUGACUAUGCCUAAUUAUUAUUGUAACCAAAGCUUGUUUUUGUAAAGUCUUCUAUAGAAAUUGACAAUAACCAAAGAACAAACUGUUAUCACGACAAGCAGCUUGUUUCAGAAACGUCCCUUAGUAGUGACUGUGAAAUGAAAGCUGAUGCUGCAUCAGGAAAUCCAGCUAAAAUAUCCACGAAUACAGACUGUCAGUCUCAAAAUAGCCCGUAAGCGUAAAAUGUCAGAAUUCUCUUGUAGUCCAGGGAUGCAAAAACAUGAGUUGUUUUUCUUGCUAUUGCUCACUAUAUGUAAAGGGGGGAAAUAACUGUUAGAUAACUCAAAGGUGCUUUUUCCUACAGGACUUGUUACCGUUUACACUCGUACUGUAGAAGUGUUAGCCUGCGAAAACAUCCGUUUCUCCUCCCUCUUCGCCGCCGGGGACGUUUCGCGAGGAGGAACGUCUGCGACUCAGCGGCAGAAAUUCCAUACUGAUGACGCAAACCAAUGUUUACAUAAUAAAUCCAGUAGUCAUGGGGUUCCAAAUACAAAUUUGUCCAAUUUUACGUGUCUUCUGGUCGAUUUUGGUAAAGUGUUGCUUGUGUUCAUCUGCCAACGAGCUCCAGCAACACCCAAAUUCUUCUUCUAGAGAAGACUAUAUUCCACAAAUAUUGACUGUUUUGUUAGGGAUUCUUCGCGUUUACAUUUGACCUUUGUGGCCUUUUGUCUUUUGUCUGUCAUUCGUAAACAAUAGCUAAAACAAUGUAACUACUCCGUCGACCAAUCAGCACAUCUGACCGGAUUCCGGACAGAUUUUACGUCAUCAGUAUGGAAUUUCUGUCGCUGAGUCGCAGACGUUCCUCCGCGCGAAACGUCCCCAUCGACGAAGAGCGAGGAGAAACGGAUGUUUUCGCAGGCUAUAGAAGUGUAUUAUUGAUAAUAGUAAAAGUUAUAUAGCCCUGAUAUCAAUAGUUGCUGGAUAGUCGCCAUUUUCAUCAGCGGUUAUAAAAAAAAGAUUUUGAAUAAAUAAAAAAUACCGGUAAUUAUAUAAAUAUAUAAAAAAUUAAAAGAUAUCGACACUAAAAUUAUAAAAUUUAGUUUGGUUACUUAAACUGUGCAAACUGCAUAAAACAUAGUAAAAAGGAUAAAAUUACUUUUUUAAUACAUCUUAUUGAAUACAUUGUAAGGGCUGUCUGGAAUGAAAAUGCCUUGAGUGCCUUCUUACAAAUGACAGUUGGGAGGCUUCUCCAUAUCGCAAAAGGAAACAAAUUCCAAACAAGUUUGAGAAUGGCAUCAGUAAAAUGGCGAUCUCCUAACGUGGUUUAACUCCUAAAUUCUUCACUAUGCUAUUAAAAAUAUCUUAGUGACAAACAUUUUCAAAAUUAAGUGCGAAUAGGUUUUCCAAUUUUGCAAGUUGGAUCUUUCAUCGAAUUGCUAUAAACGUUAACAUUCUGUGAUUGGCAUUCAAGUAUGCAGCUAAUAUUGUGAAUUUGUGAUAACGCCCUAACCAAGUUGCCUUGUGGGGGCUUGGUUGAGGUUUUUAAAGCUCUUUGGCUAUGGUUAAGGCAUCUGAGUAAACAUUCAGUAAUAACAGAAACUCAUAAGGGGUUGAAACGUGUAACUCUCAUAUGUUUGCUUUGUCCGAUGCUCUUGACUAUUCAUUUUCGAAAGUACCAUAUUUGGAACGAGAAGAAGAGAUAACUGACCAAUCAAACUUCGUAAACAACGUGACGUAAUUUUCCUUCAGGUUCCCCCGCCCGCUUCAAAAAUUGGCCGACAAACGGGGGAAAAACUCCCGACAGCUGAGAAAGCUUUCAAAGGCUGAAACCAGGAAUAUUACCGAAACACUGAGCAGGAUAUUAUUGCCUUACCACCCGGGCCAAACGUAACAUUAUGAAACCCAUUGACGGCCUCGCAACUUCUUGAAGUUGUCACUUAAAAAAACGAUGCCUCGUUGACCCUCCGCACAGUAAACUUAUACUGCAAACAGGCUUUUAAAAUUCUUAUGUUAAAAGUCUAGAAUAAACAGUGAAAAAUAUUUUCGAAUAAAAUUCAUUAGCUGCGUAUCGACAGUGUCCAAAACCUGAACCUGACAUCUUCGCAAAAAGUGAUGCUUGUAAUGAAUGUGAGAAGCAUUUUAAAAGCUUAAAUUAAACUUAGAUGUUGUAGUCACGAUCGUGUUUUGAGCUAAUUUUAUGAAUGAACAAACUCAAAACAAUAGACAGAGAAGCCGUUUCUUGAAAAUUUUUAUUCAAAGUCCAAAAAGUUAAUCCUUUAAAGCAAUUCGGAAAACACUAUCUGGAUCGUGGAUCCGUUCACGCAAGUGACAUCGGCUAAGCACAUGGCAAAAUUCAACACAAAAUCCAUCUCAAAUCAGGGCACAUUUUGUAAUUUUUCUUUAGCGCCAAAGAGAAAAAUUUAUAAAACGUCUAUGAAACAUUUAAAAAUACAUAAAUUCCCUUUCAAAAACGUAAUUGUCUUGGCCAUAGAGUGCAAAAUGUACCUGAAAAUUCAGCAAAAACUUCGCUGACUUGGUUGCAUUUCAAAACAGACCAUGGGCUCCGUCGUGAAGAAAACAAGGUUGAAUUCCUCGAAGGACGAUUUCUUGAUGAAAGGCUUCCCUUUCUCCACAAAAAGAAAGCUGAUGAGCAUUCUUUUGAACUUUCUCUUUCCAUUUUUUGUCUUUUAACGGUGUAUUUUUAACCUCGAAAUGCAGAACUCUUGUCUUAAAACAUCUGCAUGGUGAUCGCGCAGCAGCCAUUUUGUUGAAAAUGGAUAUCCGUCACCAAAUAUGGUCAAAAUGAAUAUUCACAAGCAUUGAACGCGAGUUACACGUUUCAACCCCGUAUGGGUUUCUGGUAAUAAUGAGUACCUUGAAAGCCGUCUCUUAAAUACGGGUACUUCAAGUAAGGAUAGCGGGAUCUUUUUUAAGAAGCAUAUGCUCUCCAAGAUAGCUAGUCAUGAAGGUGCAUCUUCCCUGAGGAAGGAACCUCUUAACAGCUGGAGUAUGCAAAGCAUUCCAGGAUCCACUUCCAGCACAGGUAACUGGAACAAGCUAAUUACUAUUUUGUUAUCAGUAUUACUGCAGUAGUAAUGAAGGUUCAGGAAUAGUUUUUAAGGUUCAGCCGGUCUAGGAGUAAAACAUUCCAAGUUUUAAAAAAUAAAGAGAAUGAAAAAUAAAAUCCUAUUUACAAUUAAUUGGCUUAAUUCACUAUCUCGUCAAAACACUAUUUACAAUUCGUUCCGUUAAAAAACCCUUAGUUUUGAUUAGAAAAGAAUUCAUUUCAUUAAACAAAAAUUAUUCAAACUAAGAACAUUUCAUUCCAAUUAAAACAAUUCAUUUUGAUUAAAAAACAGAAGAAACUAUUUUCAAGGUCAAUUGCAUUCUUUCUAAGAUAAUCACUAAAAAAGGGGAAAAUUAAAUAGCGUCCACAAUGUGUUAAUGACGAAUAUUUGCCUUUUAAAAGUAAGGAAACACAUCACUAGUCCGAUUGAAUGGCUCCUUCAACUACUUUGACGUCAAUAUCAAUAUCAAGAUUCUUAAUGUCAAAUGGCACUCUUGUUGUCCUAGAGCCUGUAAGACAAACCAACGCAGAUCUCAAGAGUGCGAAUGAGGUUCUGGUUUUGAUCCAUGAAAUGGUUUUGGCAUACUGCUCCCCUUUUUUGAUGGCAAUCAGCUGUGCUAAACAGCUAUGAUACGUCAAGCACUCCUUUCCCAUUCCGCCAGUUGUGGUGAAGACCAAAGGUGUAAAUGUUCCAUGCUCGAUGUCCAGGACUCUCUUUGAGUAGAGACGCUUUUUCUCGUUCUCAUGGAUACGAUGAAUUUGUUUUGGCUCUAGGUCCCUACACGAUACAGCAUUAGGGUGACAGACCCUCACAUCGAAGAAUGCUGAUCGAUGUCGCUCCCAGAAACCACGCGCGCGGAUAUCUAACCCUCUAUCCUGAGCUUUGUUAGAUCCUCUGUUUAAAUGUUCGCCUGAGAUGUCUUGAAGUUGUCUCCAAUUUUAGCAUUAACCACGUCGUCAUUGACAAGGUAUCCAAAAUACGAAGUGGUGUAGGAGCUGCUCGUGAGGUCUCUCCUAAUUGGUCGCUGGAAACAAUGACAUGUUAUUCUUCAGUCAGUUGUUUUAGUAUUGUUUCGGGUCAAGGUUAGGCACCAUUGGUGACUUCCCUUCCAAGCAGCCGGUCGAGGCCAACGCCCUAUGUCCACUCUUGAAAUCCAGUACCUGCGAAAGAAGGAAUUUUGGACAUGUCGGGAGAAAAUGCGUGUAGGGAUGAUAGAACUUUGCCUCUGGUUCAAAAAGUACGGGAUUCGGUGGGUUUUCGGACCGCAAACCGCCUUCGAGUGAACAAGGUCCCGACUGCCGGCUGUUUUUUUUGUACAGCCUUAACUUCUUCUUUACCCUGCUAGCAGAGUCGCUUCGAUCUUUCCUAGAUAAGUCGGGAAAGAGGAAGCGACUCUGCCGACAUCUUCAAGUUCCUUUGAUCUGCCGGUCAUCCAGCUUUUUGGAUGAGUCAGACAAGUUUUAUACUGGAUAAACCAGUUUUAUCUGUGCACGCACGCAUAUUCUGGAAUUUUGCUGACUCUUUCUGCGCGCACGCUCCAUAGAAAAACAAAUAGCUGCCGCUUCAAUUUCAUGCGGGAAUUUUGAGAAAAUUAUUGAUUGAACGUUCAGUUUUAGAAAAUUGGAAAAUGUACCCAGAUUCGAGAUGGAUUUUGUUUUGGAUUUAACCAUGUACUUAGCCGAUUUUAUUGCGUGAACGGAUUCACAAUCCAGUAAGUGUUACGCGAAGUUUUUGGAAGGAUAAACAAAUGGGUUUUGAAUAAAAAUAAUAAUUUUUAAGAAACAAUAUCUAUGCUUAUUCUUCUUAUUAAUUCAAAAUAUGAUCAUGAGGCUACAGAAUCCAUGUUGCAUUUAAAUGAUCGAUGAUUUUACAGCUGUUUGUGGAUAACACCCGACUUGCGAUGCCAAAAACGUCUUUGGAUUUUGUAUUUUUCUACGACGUCAAUCAAAAUCUGAAGAAGCGGCGGUUUCUUCGCUUUCUCGCCUUUUAUACAUCUUAGCGAACCUCUUAGGAAACAAAAGGUCGUUGUUCGUGAUUUGUGAUUGGUGGAUUUCGAUCCGUUUUCUGUGUUUCUGUGUUUCAAGGUUAGAUGCUUUGUUUUCGAAAAGCACCGUAAGUUUUACCGUAGCUCUAAGAUUUUUUUAUCUUCUUUACACUGAAACAUGGCAAGUUUAGAUUCCAAAGGUGAAAUUGUUCCUAUAGAGCUUCCAAAUCCAGAGGAAACACAGCUACGGAAGGGUGAAAACGAACCGGUACGUUCCCGCUAACAUUUACAUUUGCUAACAAACACAUUGGAUGCUACGGUAACUGUUUGAUUGACGUCGCAGAAACAUUUGAAUUUGGAGCAUGCUCAAUAUGAAUUGUUGAGGAUGUCGGCAGAGGUUCCUUCCUCUUCCCAACUUAUCUAGGAAGAUUGAAGGAGCAGGGAACUUCUUCUUAUAAAGGGGGUGACAUAAGGUCACACAAUAACAGUAACGACUAAAAAAAACGACUAAAUCAAUCGAUGAUUCACACCAAAAUACACAGGAACACAUCAAAAACAUUUUGGGAUAAAGUACGUUUGCAGAAUUUUACCCGUGUAUUCGUAUGUGUAUACAGGUGAUGUAAUCCUGAUGUAAUGCUUUAUCGACGUCUGAUUGGCUUAUACAUGAAAUGGCCCCAAAUCGGCCCGCAACCAGUACAAAACACAAAAAGAUAAAUAAAUGACUAAAUUUACGCAAUGGUUAUUGAAAAAGGAUGAUAGUAACGUUUUUGGUUAAUUUUGCCCUGAAUAUCGCAUAUUUUUCUCCCAUACAAAUACCAAUAAAAUGGCUUCCACUGCUCGAUCUCAAAUUAUGCUUUGAAGGGUGAAUCGCUCAAACACAAUUCAAAUGAAACUUCCGACUGAGCAUUUCAUUUGAGACACACGUAUGAGAUUUGCUUGAUGUAUUGAUGGCUUUGCACUCAACACUACUACGCUGCACCAGUCUGAAGUUGCGUUCGUGGGGAGCGCAAUUUUCCGGAAUCGUGGCGUGUGCUAGAAAGCGUCCACUUUCUUCCCUCCUUUCCCCUUCCACCCCUCGAUCUUUUUCGCUUUUGCUCCAGCUUUCUCGUCGAACUCGCCUGCAAACGCUUCUAUGCUACGCAGGUUAAGUAGGAUGUGAAGAAUUAUGCAGAUCGAGGAGGAUGUUAAUUAUGUACCGAGACUGAAGGCUCAGGUGUACAACAUUCUCCGAGAUCUGCAUAAUCCUUCACAUCAUCUUCUAGAUUCCUAACCCUAUUGCUGAAUUUUUUUGGUGUCCAAUAGGCGGUGACUGAAGUUGGCUAAAUUUAAUGACAACGCUCCUUUUUAAAGGGACAGCUUAAAAAUUGCUCGCUGAAGACUAAAUCGUUAAUAAUCUUGAAUGUCUUGAUUGCUUAUUUUUCUCGAUGAAGGUUUAUCGCCGUCUCAGGCAAGGGAGUCUCUCCAAAGUUCGAGUAUGCCAAGUAUUCACACUCCUGACCCAGGUAUAUUAGAUUGUUAGUAGAAAUGUAUAUAUGUAGCUUCUUAUUAAGCAGAUAAGGUUCUGGUAUGGUGUUUAAAAGCUUAUUGUCACUUACUUUUCUGGGCGUUUUUAUUCUCAGUUUGUAAGACUGCAUUUGUCUUAUUAUGUCACCAACUUAACAAAGUUAUCUAGUGAGAAAAAUAACGGAGUGCAAGAAAAGUGGAAAGUUAUUAAUAUGUUUUCUACAGAAACAAGGUGAAAUUAUUUGCUUUUCUGUUAUUCGAACUCUACCUUGUGGCAGCUUAUUUAUUGGCGACUCGUUUUUCUAAGUUAGUGGCGUAAAGACGACUUUUAAAAGCAUUUUUUUUAUUUAAAGCCCUAAAUUCUUUAUAUGUGUUAAACUGUAAAAAUUUAGUAGAAAAUGUCUGACAGUCCUUUUCAUGAUUUCAGGCGCCGUUAUUGAUGUUCUGAGUCUUGUAAUCACAACCCCAGAUCUAAGCGAUGAGAAGCAAGCAAGCUUGAAAGCCAUUUUGGAAGUUUCCAUAGCUGAAUACACAAAACACCAUAGGCCUUCAACACGUAGUGACUUGUGUGCCUUUAUUGACCAUAUGACACAGAUUUACGAGCUGGCCUUGGUCUCUGUCAAAAUUAGUUCUUUGAUAAUAACAGUGAAGUGUCCCACUCUAGAGAGUCUUGAGAGGCUGUGGAAAGACUAUCAAUCUGGUUGUCUUAAUGGCAUCGCUGAGAGAUUUCUGGUGACUGAUGAACUGAAGAGAAAGCUCGGGUUGGACAAUAUCAGAUUGAAGACAACUAUAGAAGAAGAAAAAUACUUGAUCUGUAAGAGAGGGUUCUUGGAAAACGCAGGUGAGUUGGGCAGUCUCGAAAGACCUUUUGUUGGGAUCUGGUCGUUUGGCGUAAUAUGUACCUUGGAACAAUUUGCCUUUAUAUAUCUCUGUGUCAACUAUUCUAAGGAAAACGUAAUGGAUAGUCGGAAGGUAUAAUUGUCUGUCAAAACUUUUUACUCAUGACCCGUAUGUUUGAUAGAGAACUGAGUGCAAUAGUCCAGCUAAAUGUUACCACCUUGGCUGGAAUGCCACGUACCACCUUACUAGUAAAUAAAGGGGGCAUUCGGAGACUAAUGGAGGUCAACAACAAUAGGCAUUAAAGAAUGCACUUCCUCAGUUGGAAGGAUUAGGAUUGCUGUGGAGGAUGUUUCUUCUUCGUCACUCAUGUUCUGGUUCUUGAGCUGCGCAGCUUAUGUGGUUUAACAUCGAAACAGCCUUUCUUCCCAUAUCUACAGCUCUUUCCUUGUAUUUGUUUUACUGAGGAGAAAGUACAAAUUUGAAUGCAAAGUGUUCCGUAUUAUUUUUAUUUUCCAUUCAGGUAAAGAGUGCAAAAUAGCAGAGGAAGUUAAAUUCGCGCGUAUUGCUCAUGUUUACCAAUUUUACGUAAAAAUAGGGGGGGUUGUUAGAAAAAUAAAGUUUGUAGUGAUUUGUUUCGCAUUUUGUUGAAUAGAUGUUUACGAAAUUUUAAAGCGGAAACCUAAGGUAAAACACAAGGAAACGCUAGAAAAAGCCGUAUUGUUGAAAUAAACAAAAUCUUCCAACAAGUGCCAUUUGUUUAAGGCGGACAUCGUGUAUUAAAUAAACACCAAAGCAUUUCCCGAGGGUGCCCGCUUAAACACGUUUUACAGGCCGUUAUAACUUGUAUUUUGUUGUUGGUGACACUGUUUCUAGGAGUAGCAAGUAUCACCGAAACUUCAGGUCUUGAUUCAGGUCAGGUAGAGGAUACAAGGUGGAGUGAAGUAAGCUCAGAUGUUGUAAAAGUAAAUUUAUUUCUUUCAUCAGUUGCUGAUUACUUUGUUUAGUCCAGUUCCCACUGGGAUCAUUAAUCCCUUUAUAAACCACUCCUUGUGAAUUCCUCACCACUUGACGCGACCAGUUUACUCAUGGCCGCUUUUUUCGUUUUCUUACGUAUGAGGUUUAUAGCUAUACCUACGUUUAAUUUGUAUUUGUACUUUUUCAUCGCUUUUUUAAAAUAAUCUGACUCCAUUUACUUUGUUAUUUGUUAUUUUUUUUGCUCAGCAUAUCUUGUUAGCGCUUAUCAUGUAUCUUAAAUCUGGCCUUUCUUAGUGCUUUGUAUCUUGUUUUUUGCGUACAUCCCUUAUAUUUUGGUGCUUUUGCUGUAAACUCUUAUUGGUAUAAUAAACUGGAUUGCUGGUGGCUCCCUCCAUUCAUCAUUGUGCUGUUUUGUCUCUUAAUACUUAUAACAGAAAUAUUUUCUAUUCGGCUGAGCGUAUCGAUAGGGAAGAGAAGUAUAUUUUCUUUGGGGAUUGGUGAAACGGGCGAUAUAAUCAAGCAGUAAUGUAACAAGGCAGCCAAUGCAGAUCAAAAAAUUUUUACCAGGGAGUUAUAUAUAGGGUUUGGGCCUUGUGUUUCAUAAUAGUAACCUGAAGAACCGCUAUGUUAGAUACCACUUACAACAUAAUGCUGAGUAGGGAGAUUUGCUAGUUAGCUCUAAAUUGGGUGAAAGUUUUAUACCAAAUAGAUACCAGUAGUGGGACAAUAAGUUAAUUUUCAUUUAUUUAUUUAUCUAUUUAUCCAUUUAUUUAUUUAUUAUUAUCCUAGGACAAGGAACAGGCCGUGACGCCUAUGGCCAGAGCUGGGAAGGCUAAAGUAUGUUCAGUGGAAAGAUCAUGGAGAUACAUAUUGCAGUGUGCGCUCGUUAUGUUUUUCCAACAAAGCGAAACAAAUAUGAAAAACGUCACGUGGUGGCGUGAUUAAAGUGCCAUGUUGAUAACGACUUGCACAUAUCCUACGUGAAGAUAGCCCCAUCUAAUGAUUCUUAAACUUUGGGAUCUCAUGGGCUGCAUUCAAUGGUUAUAUUUAUUGGUUCGUGAAACAGGAAAAGACGGGUUGCAAGUUUCUUAUGCUCUAGUUUAAAAAAAAAAAAAGCACUUUAUUUGAGUGUCAAUGUGUUUAGCACGAAAGUACUAAUUGGGGACACUAUAUUUUACGUCUCCAACUGGAGACGGGACCUCCAUUUUACGUGGUCAUCCGAGCCACGCGAAGGUCUAGCCUGUUGCAAAGGGAGUACCUUCAUUUCUCGGUUAUUUUAAGACCCUGAGUAUUGGUCCGGCCCCAGGAAUCAAACCCGCGACCUCCCGCUCUGCAGUCAACACGCUCUACCGACUGAGCUAACACUGCCGCGGUUAACUUGAGAAAGCCCGAAGGGACUAAUCGUAGUCAAUAUUUUGAGGACUAUUUGAACGUUUUUAAAUGGCACAAUCCGACUAUAUUAUCGAAAAGUUGUCGGCAUAUCCUUAACGCUUCCAAAGCCGGACAAUGUCAUGGGAUAAUCAGCCAUGCAAUUAUUCUUGUUGUAUGCUGUGCAGUGAAUAUGCCACUUUGUCCUGGUUUUGUUUCAUUGAACUUUCAAAGGCUAGGGCGCAUACUCAAUGGUAACUUCAAGUCACGUUCUACCAGCCAAACGCAUCUUGUUUUUAUUACAUCCUCAGAUCGUCCCGUUGCCGCGUCCCGAUCGGAGACCUUCUGAUUCCGGCUCAGAAUCAACAAUAGAUAGCGAGGAAAAAAGCGCGGUAAGUUAAGAACGUUUGGGAAGGUUACUCUUUAGUAAACUAUGUAACUGUUACCAUGUGUCUGUUACAAAGAGUGUUCUACUAGAUUCUCUAGUGCAACUUUGAACUCUCGUGGAGUUCAAAGUGGAAAUAAUAUUAUAUCCUAAGUAUGUCUAAUGCCGUCACUGGAAACCUCUGUUCGGUAAUAUUUGGUCACAAUGUUUUACCUCUUGCAUAAAAAAUAAUUAAGGUGUUUUUGAUAAUGAAAUUAUUUAAGGCCGCGGGGACACCGAUCUAUGAAGAAAUUCAUAGGGAAAAAUUUGGUCUCUGCUGCAUCUUUUAAAACGCUUAUAUCUCAGCUGUUUUCGAAGCGAUUUAGAUAAAACUUUACAGGGACAUUGUGGAAUGAUAGUAGUUUAGGGUGGUUGUUUUUUAAGCCACAGUUGCAGCAAAUUGGGAAAUCGUGAUUUUGUGUUCAAGUUUGCGGAAAAAAUAAAAGACAGCACUUUGUGAUGUUAUUAGUAAAUGAUCAUUCAAACCCUCUAGUGUCAUGUAUAGAGCAGAUUUUUGCAAUUUAAAGAUUGCUAGCAAGAUAUAAUCGCUUAAAUGAGCAAAAUCUGUCAUCCUUGAAAUUAACGCCUUAUAUCUUUUUUUGAAAGCGCUCUUUUAGAAUUCUGCUCUAUACAUUUUUUAUUAUUAUUGAAUGAAUGAUUAGGAACUACUUUUAUUGUAUACAUACUGAGAAAUACUCACCAAAAAGCUUUCACGUAAAUUUUCGUACGCAAAUUAGUUCUAGCCAAUCAGAGGAGCGAACGAUGGUUUUCACACGUGAAAAAAAAUGAUACGUCCAAUCAGAAUCGCGAACGAUGUUGUUUCAUGUGUGAGAAAAAUGAUACGUCCAAUCAGAAGCCACAGAGGUGUGCGACUUUCGCGCCAAAAUUCCCGCCUUUUAUUGCAGCAUGCAGCGCCGCUUCGCACACAUUCAACGAGAAAAGGUUUACUCAAAGAGUUUUUCUCGCUAAAAAAGUGAAAAACAUUUCGGAAAUGGAGUGGAAUAGUUUCGUUUGUUUCACUGUCGAUAAAGAAAACGGUAGAGAGCCGGCGAAACAACAGCGGAAAGGGAUAAACAGAACGAGACGUAAGCUUUUUGUCCGCGAUCUAUUAAUAAAUUCAUGAGGCAAAAUUUUGCCUGUGCAACAUCUUUUAAAACGCUUAUAUCUCGGCUGUUUUUAGCACCGAUUUAGAUACAAAUUUACACAGAAAUUGUGGAAUGAUAGUUGUUUUUUAUUUGGUAGAUCGCGCCUUACGGCAAUACUUUAAGCUACAGUUGCACCAAAUUGGGAUAUCCUGCUUUUGUGUGCAAGUUUGCGGAAAGAAUAGAAGAUAGCACUCUGAGAUUUUAUUAACAAAUGAUCAGUCAAACUCUCUAGUGUGUCGUGUAUAGAGCUGAUUUUACAAUUUAAAGAUUGCUAGCAAGGUAUAAUCGUUUAAAUGAGCAAAAUUUGUCAUCGCUGAAAUUAACGCCUUAUAUCUCUUUAUAAAGCGCUCUUUUAGAAUUCCGCUCUGUACAUUUUUUUAAAUUAUUGUUGAAUGAUUGAUCACGAACUACUUACACAACAUGUACAUUACCACAUCUGUAUCAAUAAAGAACCACUGCAGAUAUAAAGACACUACCUACAUAUAAUACUAAUGCAAUACAACACAAUUUAAGUACUACUACUACUAUUAAAAAAACAAGAGCAAGAUGUAUUUUAAUUCUCAGUACCACGACAGUAUAACUGAAACUUUUCCCAUUUACAUUCCUAGUCGGCUAAGUAUUUGUUAUUUGAUUUCAUAAGUUUCUUUUCUAACUGGUGAAGAUAACUGACUUUAUUUUACCCGACAAUUCCAUACGCAUUUGUGGUGAUUACAAAACAACAGUUAAUAAAGUUUCAAAGCUUGAUAAUUGUGGAGGACUUGCUGGCAACUCUUGGUGGUGGCGAGAAGUUUACGAAAUUAGAUAUGAGCCAAGCCUACCAACAGUUACAACUGGAUGAUGAGUCUAAAUGGUACACUACUAUCAACACACAUAAAGGGCUUUUUCAGUACAAUCGCCUUCCAUAUGGAAUUUCGUCUGCCCCAGGUAUCUUCCAACGUAACAUGGAAAAUCUGUUACAAAACAUUUCCUAUGUGAUUGUCUGGGUAGAUGACAUCUUGGUGUCCGGUGCUAAGGAUGGAGAUCAUUUAAAAAAUCUGGAAGAAGUCUUUAAACGUCUUCCAAAGGCUGGAUUGCGACUGAAGAAAGGAAAGUGCGUGUUCAUGGAACCGCAAGUAACCUACCUGGGUCAUCGCGUAAGCAAAGAAGUUAUUCAACCGAUGGAGGAUAGAGUAGAGGCCAUUACCAAUGCUCCACCUCCAAGGAAUUUAUCAGAGCUGAAGUCUUAUCUGGGAAUGAUAAACUAUUACCAGAAAUUCUUGACAAAUUUGUCAAGUGUGCUAGCUCCGCUACACAGUUUGCUCAAUAGUAAGACUCACUGGCAUUGGGGUAAAGACCAGCAGCAAGCCUUUGAACAAUCCAAGUCAUUCCUCAAGUCUUCAAGACUAUUAGUCCACUAUGACGACAAAAAGGAACUGAUCCUGGCAUGCGAUGCAUCUGAAAAUGGUUUAGGUGCGGUCCUCUCACACAAGAUGGAGGAUGGUUCGGAACAUCCUAUCUCCUUUGCAUCCCGAACCUUGACAAAGGCAGAAACGAAUUAUUCAAAUUUAGAGCGAGAAGCGCUGGCAGUUAUAUUUUGCGUGAAGAAAUUCCAUCAAUAUCUUUAUGGCCGACAGUUCAUCCCAGAGGCUGACCACAAACCACUUGAGUCUUUGUUUAAUGAGAAGAAGGCCACACCUGCCAUGGCCGCUGCUCGAAUUCAACGUUGGGCAUUGACACUAGCUGCAUACAAUUACACAAUCAAGUACAAACCUGGAAUUGAACACGGCAAUGCUGAUGCACUCAGUAGACUGCCCUUGCCAAUUAGGCCGCAGACAACGCCUCUGCUAGCUGAAACAGUGCGGACGAUGGAACUUCUCGAUUCUACACCGGUGGGCGUUAAAGAAAUUCAAGAGGGAACCAGAACUGAUGUGGUACUUUCUCAAGUAGUAAAGUUUGCACAGCAUGGCUGGCCAAGCAGAAACAAAGAUGAAGCACUCCAGCCGUACUUCGAAAGAAAACAAGAAUUAAGCAUUUAAGGUGGGUGUCUGUUUUGGGGAAAUCGUGCGGUAGUACCCCCAAAAGCUAGAGAAAGAAUGAUGGAAGAAUUACAUGAGACACACCCUGGCAUUUGUCGUAUGAAGUCUUUGGCUAGAAGUCACGUGUGGUGGCCUCUGAUGACAGAUGGACUCUGAGUUAGAAAUGAAAGUACGAAGCUGCAACGUCUGUCAAGUAAACAGGAAGUUACCUCCGAAAGCCCCCUUACAUCCCUGGGAGUGGCCUCAUAAGCCAUGGGUUCGCCUACAUCUAGACUACGCUGGUCUAUUUCUUGGGAAAAUGUUCCUCAUCGUAGUUGAUGCGCACUCUAAGUGAAUAGAAGCAUUCCCUAUGAGCACUUCGACUUCUUAAGCUACAAUAGAGAAGUUAAGAAUCGCCUUUUCAACUCAUAGACUUCCAGAAAUGGUUGUUACAGACAAUGGCAGUAACUUUGUGAGUAAAGAGUUUGAAGCUUUUCUGAAACAGAAUGGAAUACGUCACAUCAAAAUCGCGCCCUAUCAUCCCUCACCAAACGGGCUUGCAGAAAGAGCUCUUCAAACUUUCAAAAAGGGAAUGAGGAAGUUGAAAGAUGGAAGUUUGGAAACCAGAGUAUCGCGUUUCUUAAGCCGAUACCGAAUCACUCCUCAGACGUCAGCAGGAGUUUCACCCGCUGAAUUAUUGCUAUGCAGGAAACCAAGGUCGAGAUUGGAUCUCGCUAACCCCGACAUGAGUCUUAAAGUGCGUGACAGUCAAUGGUUACAAAAGCAGAGGCAUGAUCUCCACGUGAAGGAGCGUACCAUGAUGAAAGAAGCCCAAGUCUCUGGCAGGAACUUCAGUCAAGGUCCAAAGUGGGUACCUGGAAUCCUACGCGAGUCAAAUGGUCCUAUUGCAUUCGAAGUUGAACUUUAAGAUGGACGUAUGUGGAGGCGGCAUCAAGAUCACUUGAUACAGAGAGCUAGUGAUCCUCCAUCACCGACCCAGUCAGAAGUCUCGGAAAGUAUUCCUUCAGAGUUAGAGAAGACAAGGACUUCUAUUCAGCCUAUGGAAGAUCAUGCAGCGAGUGCAGGAAUGAACACUUCUGCUGCGGCAGAACAGUCUGAUGUCCAAAUGAACGCUGAGAGGCGUUAUCCAGUGACGAACCGACGUGCUCCUACAUAUUUGAGUUACUUUGUUUCUAAGUGACAGUUUCUGUUGAGUUAAGGUUAAGUCAAAGAGAUACUUAAGGACUUGAUUUGUUUUUCUUGGUUUUAAACCUUAGUGGGGGAGUGAAGAGUACUCAUUGUAGUAUCAGCUAUGUAACCGCUCCUCCAGUAGUUUUACGGAGAGACCAUGUGCUUCGCAGUGUGUGCAAAAAGUUGGAUAAAAUGAAAGGCAGUUAGCUUUGUUUACGAAGUCUGUGUGGAAUUCACAGUAGUUAAGCGUGAGAAUAUUACAGGUGGGAAAUAUGAAAAUUUUUGACAAUUCUCAAAAAAUUCUGUAGGCUACUCUUAGACUAGGUAUGCUGAUAAUAUACAACAAUACAAUACAAUACAAUAACUUUAUUUAAAGAGAGAAGCGCAAUAACCUAUUACAGUUUUCUAACCUACGGCCCUCAAAAAAAUAGAUAAAUAGAUAAAUAAAUUUAGAAGACUAAAAACAAAUAAAUUUAUAAAUAUAUAUAUAUAUAUAUAUAUAUACACAAAAGAGACAAUAUUUCAAGUAGAAUAGGCUAUAAACACGUAAUGAAUAAUAUAUAAAUCGACGAAGGGGGGGGGGGCAAAAUAUGUACUAUAAAUGAACAUGUAUACAUAUAUACAUAAGUAUAAAUUAAAAGACGUAAUAGUGGUUGUAGUAGGACUAUGAAAAACAGUGACAAUGAAUAGAAUAGCGGCAAGUCGAGCACAGUAGAUCCUCCAAGUGCUCGGCCGAUGAUAGGCGUGAGAAAGACAGACUUCGUAAUUUAGACUUAAGAGAGGAGGGAGGAAAUUUAAAUAUUAGUGGAGAAGAAGAAAUAGAAAACUUUUUUAAGUCGGAACUGAGGUCAUUAAAAAGUUUAGUGGCAGUAUAGGCCAAGGUGCGUCUCCCAGAGUUGCUAUUUGGGCAUGGCACCUUUAAGUCGUAGAGAGAGGCUCUUGUAAAACGGCCCAGAGGUCCACGCGAAUCACAAAGAAAUUGAAAUCUGUUCCUGAGACAUCUAGGAGCAUUCGGAUUAAGGAGUACGAUGAAAAGAAGAAAAAGUUUCCUGUAUUUAAUAAGAUCAAAAACGGGAAUCCAGUGAAGUUUUAAAAAUAAAGAAAUAGAAGCCUGAGAGAGGUCGGCAUUAAGGAGUAUACGCCCAGCACGCUUCUGAAGACGAAGCAGUCGUAAGAGGAGAUGGUGGGAACAGUUACCCCAGGCAGCAGAACAAUAAAUAAAGUAGUUGUUAACACAAGAAUUAUAGAAUUUUAAAGCAGAAUCAAAGUUAAGAUAAGGUUUGAUGCGACGGUAGAGAGAAAGCCUACUGCUAAUGAUGCAGCAGAUUGUAUCGAUAUGAUGCUCCCAAGACAUGUCACUGUCUAUCAUAACGCCCAGCAUCUUGGCAUAGUCUACUUGCUCAAUAGAUCUACCAUCGAUUUGGACAUUCAGUGCCGAGCUGGUUAAAGUACGGCGUUUCUGCAGGGUCGUAAUAAGUAAAGAUUUAGUUUUGGUUGUGUUAAGUGACAUUCGAUUAUUCUCAGCCCACGUAGAUACAGUUCUAGCAACUUCGUUCAACUGAGUGCUGAGGGAAGUAACAGAGGGCCCUCGAACAAGAAUAGUAGUAUCAUCCGCAAACAUAGUUGAAGUUACGUCUGAAUGUAGCUCUAACGGCAAGUCGUUGAUAUGAAUAAUAAAGAAAAGUGGCCCCAGGAUACUACCCUGCGGCACACCUACAGAGACUGGAAGUGCUUCAGAUUAAGAUUAAUACAGAUUAAGCCCAGCCUAAAAGCAGAGCUUCCGUUUAUAUAAUGAGAAUAAAAGCAAUAAACUUUAAGAGGUAGUCUCCUUAAAAGCGUUCCACUCGAUUUCGGACUCGACAAAACUUUUGCCUCAUAUUUUUGCCAUCAAUACGACUAUCCAUCCUAAUAACGAAAUUGCAGUUGGAAUGAGGAAAUUGUUUAUUUUACUGCCAUUCCCAGCAUUUCAUUGCUGGACGACCGUUAUUAUACAGGUUUUUUAAUGAUCGUUUAAAAGUACUUCGGGUCUUCAAAUCCUAGACUAUUUGCACUCAUUUGGAAGCAUAUUGCUUCUUCUUACUGUUCCAAUACCAUUUAGGCAUUAUCUUUCUGUAAUCAGCAAAAACUCGUCGUCUUUAUUUCACUAAUCCAAUUAAGAAAGCAAAAUGCACGAAUAAAUGCCUAAAAAUCAUCAGGAAAUUCUCCAAUGUGGCACCUAAGUGAGACCUAAAAACAUGUUUUAGUUAAAGAUUAAUCGCUAUUUUGUCAAGUUAUGCAAUAAAACUUGUGGCACAACGCUAUUCAGAAUUGAAGGUCUCGACUCAAAUUUAGUCAAACGUUCAAUUUGCGUUGCCUGACAGUACCGGCUGCUGCCACAGCAAAAUCCCCAGUUAUUCAAAAACUUGCCACUUUUAAGUAAGGUACGCUUCAUUUUCCCAGCAAAACUAUAUUAAAAUUCCCUUUUCCUUUACCAAUGAUAUAUGUUGUUCAAAAAUUAGUUCAGCAAGUAAAAGAUAUGCCUUUCCACGCUUCAUUUAAUUUCCCACUGCCCCGAACAUUCGUUUUAAAUCUGUACGGCGAGUUACUAUUUUUCCUCUAUUUACCUUCUGCUUAUCAGGAGCCCACAUUUUCGAACAAAUUUGAAGACUUUUUUGAUGAAAUUUCAAUUAGAAGCUUUCUUCCUUUUACUGACUGUUUCUUCCUAUCGGGAGUGGUCAGCUUUAGUUUUCACGCUCCCAGGGAGUCCGGAGUCCAAGGCUACAAUUGUAUCACAGCCAGUUAAUAAAGAAGUUGGCACACUUUUCAACAUUAAUUUCGAAUCGUGCAACUUUAGUGAAAGUAAGAAAAUAAAGUGUGGAAGUUCAGACAGUUCGCGCGGUUUCUCCCUACUGAUAAAAGUACACGAAUGUCUGGACACCAUUACUUCUCACCAUGGAACCUGUCAACCAUCGAAGUCUGAACUGAGUGAAGCAGAGCCAAUGCUCUCAAGGGACAGUAAUCAUUGACCUUACGAAAAAUCAAGUGGAACGGGUGGUGAUUUGCUUCCCCGGGGGGACUCCCAUACAAAAGUGACGCGGGUGCUCGUCGUUUGCAGAUUUUGGUCUCACUUAGGGUGUUUGGGAAGGAAAGUGACUAAAUAUGCUCAUUCAGGUAUCGCUUAGGGCUAGCUUUGCAUAAAGAAAUUCGCAAAAAGGGCCGUGACACUGACCUCACAGAAAUCUCCUUUAAGGGUCAGUUUAAGCUUGAGCCACACCCACAUUGGCCUUCCUCACGGGUUUAAUUUUAAUUUUCCGACGAGCAUCCCCUUCACUUUUAUACAGGGGUCCUCCAGGGGAUCACCUACAACAUCGGCACAUAAACUCGGACGAUUUUGGCGGCCACCUCGUUCUUCACAUAGAGGACCAAGAAAGGAAUAUUAGUAACAAGGACACGCAUGUAAUUGGUUUGGAGAUGGCGAAGAUCCUAUACCAUCUAUUUUGAAGGAUGGGAUCACGUACGUAUAAAAUCGUAAAAUCAUUUCUAAUAUCUUUUUUACUAGUUCCUUUAUAAAAUUGUGAUAAGAUAACGACAAAAGGGUCGAUGGGCAUUGUCGUCAUCGUAAUUUCAAGUCCAGACAAUGGUACACUCAGUAGUCCACUCAAUUUUUUUAUUUAGAAAUAUGCGGGAAGUGAAAAUCCAAACAUACGAUGAAGUGGUGGAGAAAAGUAGGAUGUCGCUUUAAGUAAUAUCCUGUUUCCCCAGCAUGAACAUUUCUCCAGGUCGAGACCCCUACACUGUUUUCACGUCUUUUCUCGCCUCACGUCUUGUUAGCAGGUUAUUACCGUGUUCUUACAGAGGCUUGCAUUCUACUAUGUUAAUGAUGUAAAAAUACAUACAUCUGAACAACAUCUGAAGGAUCUAGGAUCACAUUUUUUAAAAACGGCCUUUGGACCCUCCGUGUGAAUCCAAAUUCAUAUUGAUUUUACUAAAUUUGGCGCCACCGCGUUUAUUCGUUUUUGCGACUCCGGAGCGGCGCUCAUUUGAUACACCAGCCUACCGCGGACAAUCUUGUUGAGCCAACCGAGAGGGUCUUAUCGCUUUUAUGUCUGCAUAUCGAGAUGCUAUGACAAAGAAUAUAAAGAUUCAGAUACUUAUAAUGACAAAGAAUAUAAAGAUUCAGAUACUUAGUAUUUAUGCUUAAGAGGGAAUCUCUCUAAAACCGGUCCACUGCCUUUCGGGUCGAAAAAUCAAUUUCCUUUAAACUUUGUCCAUGAAUAUAUCUUAGUCCAAAAGUAAUUUAAACCGCAUUAGUUUUUGAAAAUAUUUCAAAAUAAAAUUUUUCGAGAGGAAAAUCACUUCAGCACUCGGCGGCCAAAUAUUUGCAGUGACAAAGAGUAAAAAUAGCGCAUAUUGCCGAGUUCACCACUUCAAAGUUUUGCACUUUCAACGAUUUUUUUCACUUCCUAGGACUAAAUUGGUCCUUAAAUGAUGUAAUGGACACAAUUUUGGCCCUUCAAAAACAACUCGUGUCUACUAAAUAUUUUUUGAUUUACACCCACUUUGCCGUACGCAGGAAAUGACUCAAAAAUGCAUAUUUUCAUCCUAGCACUGUGCAAAAUCCCCACAUCUUCUAAACAAAAUGUCUUUUCAGACCAACAAAGGGAAUGUCCAAAAACAGAGACAUAAAAAUAUGUGGUGAUUUUAACGAUUUAUCAGCACAGCUAAUCGACGAAAUAUGCCUAUUUCUGUUAUGACUGUUUACAAUACACGAUGCAAGGUCUUAAUGCAAAGCCCGAAUAACACAAUAAUUCAUCAAAUGUAUCAAGUAUUUUAAACUUUUUGUGACUUUUGACACAAUAGAACAUCAUGCAGGAAAGGAAAGCCUUUAAACCGAACGCAUUAAUACUACAGGUGUACCUGUUUACAGCGCUUGAUCCGAUCGAAUCGUCUUCGCUGUGUACACAAAACUGAUAUCACAUGAUGGCGCCUGUCACGCAUUCCUAUAUCUGGAAUCGUUACGCCGCGAAAACACUUUUUGCUAGUCUGACUAAAACUGACAGGCAGGAAAUUAUCUUAUCAAUAGAGUAUUCUAUUAUAUUUAUUGCUGUUUUCGUUGACAAGCUACAAUAUCAAGAAUCAUGCAUGCAUAAGUGCCCAGUGCAUUAACAACAGCAACUUUUUAGUUUUCCAGGAACAGGCUCCUAUCCAUUCAGGUUAGGAUUUAUAAAACAAUUGGUCGUCGCUAUGAGCUUUCACUUUGUUUUGUUUUAUGUUGGUCGUUAAUGUUUUUAUUUAUUAUUUUUUUUAAAUAUAUUUCAUAUUUCUGGUAGCCCGUGGUAUUAAACCGACGAGUACCUGUUCUCAGGUCUUAUCAAGCUCCCUGACUCAGGGUGGGGUUAGGAAUAGGGGUGGAGUGUGCUUGCUAGCAGGAGGUCCGCUAGACUGUUCACAGUCCUCUAUGUUUCCGUAAAUCGUCGGUAUCAAGCACAUUCUCUAACAGGUGGCCUUCUUGGUUUUAAAAUGUACCGGGUUUAGCCUGGGGAUGACUAUGAAAUCUACUCCUGGGGCAGCGGACCCAAGAAGGCCCGCACAUCUGGACGAUUUUACGGAAAGAUAAGGGACAGUGAACAGUCUAGUGGCCCGCAAGCAAACAUCCCCCUUGCUAUUAUCCUAGAACAAAUACUGUAUCUUUGAAAUUAGGUUACCCUGUAUUUAAAACUGGCGUGCUGGUUUACCUCAUUUAGGGCUUUCGAUUUUGACUCUAUUCCUUCCGUUUCCGACUAGUAGUUUUAGCCAGGGCUAAAAGCGCCGCUCUGACUCGUUAAUAUACUAAAAGUUGUACCCCAGAAAAAAAAUAAAUAAUAAAAAUCGUGUAAUGCUAACCGGUGACGGCAACGAGAAAUGCAAUACAAAAUCAAUAGGGCUUAAGAGCGAAAAAAAAAGUUUGCACGUGCAGCACAUUUUUUUGUACAUUUCUUUGCCAUUGUUUUGCACGACUUCAAAGUACGUGAAACGUCCUAGUUGCACGUUUUAUGGAGAAAAAAUCGUAUAUGUUCCCACGUUCCAUUUUUGUUACACUGCCGCUCAUUUUAACCUCGCUGGCCGCUAACAUUUGUCAUUUUCUCAUCGCAGCUUUGAAUUUUUUUUAUGUUUUUUUCUUCCGCGAUGAACUUCGUCUGCUUCUUUUUUUUCUUUUUGUUUUGUUUUGUCAGUUUCGCUCUAGCUCUUUCUCUGUUAUCGGUGUCAGUGUAAUGGUAGUAGGGGGAAACAGUCGAACGCACGAUCACGUGAUUACGAAAUUUUCUCGCAUCUUACAGGUUACAAUUUUUUUUUCGCGCGCGCGAGAGCUUCGCUAAUACUCAUUCUCUAUUACGGAAAGUGGUUAAUUAUUAAUAGUGCCAUAUUUUCAAAUUCUUGUCCCGUUAUUGCCGAAAUGCACAUAUUAAGCUAGCGAUUUUCCUGAAAGGUUGUGAAUUCACAGUGAGCCCGCGGAAGAAAAAUGAGUAAUAAUAGGCAGGGUACAAACUCACCGAGGUAGAGUCGUUUUAACUUCUUCUCGCGUCUUUUCCAACGAUCUUUUUCACUACACAAGAGCACUCUACAACCAUUUUAGUUAUCUUUUGAAGAAGAUCAGAUUUCCAGGUUCUUGUGCCAAAUCAAAUCCCAAGCAAAUUGCUUUUGAAAGAAAAAGAGUGAUUUCUGUGAGCCAUCUCGCACAUACAUCAGAGGACGUUUGGCAGCAAUUGUUUCCACAGCUUCGCUGCCAUUUCUUUCUCCAGGUUCCUCAUCGUCCGCUUAGUAUGUAUAGUCUUUUAUUUUUUUUUCAAAUGAUUUUGUUAUAAAAAUAUUGCGAAAAAAAUCGUUAAAUUUUUACUUUUGAACCACUCGGCUUUGGUAAACAUUCGUUUGCGAUCUGCGUUGCCAGCCCUCUGCCCCUCAAGGGGCACCUCUUCAGCUCAAAAAUGGUAUACAAAAGGUGGGUUGGACGAUCAGGCUGGAGUCUCCCAGUAUAACACUUUGUAAUAUACCCCACCCCCUCCGAUAGGGCGGAAAGGUAAGUUCGCUAAUUAGACAUAUUGGUGUUGUUGUUGUUGUUUUGUUUUUGCAAUUCUCGUUGCCGUUGCAGGUUGGAUGUUACUAAAACGGGGAACGGGGAGCGGGGAACGGGGAACGGGGAACGGAAGUCUGGGAACGAGUUGUCAGCGGAAACCUCCACAAAAAUCCAAAAUGGCGGUCCAAAUAACGAGAGAGAGAAAGAAGAAGACAAAGAAAGGAAUUCGUGCCUUGGUUGAAAUCAGGUGGGGGCGAAAUUGUAAAUCAGACUCACAUUUUACGUUUACGUUUUGAGCAGGUGGUAUGUUUUUUCGAUAUUCAACCUGUUUCAUUUACAAUAUGAUAAGGUCUUAGGUCUUAGUUUUCGAGACACCUGGCACACUCACAUUACUCCUGGAUUACUCUGUUUACUUUAGACCGUCGCUUAAUCCUGCCUGUUUAUCUCCCUGAAUCUUCUUUUUCCCACUCAGACAAACUCUUGGAGAGUAAAGGUUUUAUCCAAGCCCAUUAUAUGCCCUGUUUUGAGAAUGCUUGGUAAAUAACUCGCAGGCAUUGUAAUGAGAAAUAAACGUGGAAUUUAUUAAUGCAUGUACAUAUAGUGUUCUCGCGUUCUGUGCUUGAGUCAAACUUUGUACAGCUAUUAGUAUUUAAAAAUAACGGCUAAAACUUGGUUUUUACAAUUUUUUUUUAUAACUGGGAAAGCUUGUUGUUGUUGUUAGCGUUAUAUUAAAGUCAUUGAGUGAUGAGUUAUGAAUCGUUUAAGGUCAGGGUUUGGCAUUGAAAGCAGGGUUAAGCACUGACUUCAAGAAGGUGGUGGACAAAACACUGACCCCCAUUCCAUGAACUACCCCCAAUGACUACCUUAAAAUGGACUAUGCUACUGAAGUUAAGUGAUUAGGGUUAGGAAACUGAGUGAAUCAGGUUCCAUUUAGGGUCCUUAUACUGGGAAAACUGACCUAAAACUUCAUUCACUCAGUUUCCUAACCCUAAUCACUAAACUUCAGCGGUGUAGUCCAUUUUAGGGUAUGUCCAUGAAGUGUGGGUCAGUGUUUUGUCCACCACCCUUCAAGAAGUGUUUAUUCAGGUUUGUCACUAUAUUUACUGUACGUACCAGUAUUUGUUUAAAGCAGAUAGUAGCAGUUAAUCCGAGAUAUUUGAAGUUUUUCACUUGACUCAUGACUCAUCGACUCAAUUAUUUAAUUGCUUCUAUAAUUUCAACUCCUUGACCCAUAACGUGGCCUAAUUUUAAACCGGCAUUUUCUUGGCCUUUACUAGAAACUCUAAAGCUCAUUUAAGCAUGUUUUUUUCUAAUAUAAACACAACAAAUUGUACUGUCAGUCCUCUACCAUACCCCCUCCUGAAUGCUUAGGCCAAUAUUACAUGGCACAAGGCUAAAGAGAGUGAGAGACAUACUAGAAAUGCCACACUGACUACUGCCAACAUAUAGCAUGAUUUGUACCAAUACCUUUUUGUGCCAAGGAAGUGGUACAUUCAUGGUUGUCUUGUUGUAGUCCUCUAAGGAGAGGGAGGCUGAAUAGAGGAUUUACAGUAAAAGGUCUAAAGGGAAUUUUUGCCAGUUCACUCUCUAUGGAGAUGAAAGGGUUUGAGGCAAUUAUUCAGUUUUCCCCUUAUAACCUAGUUAUGGUCAAAAGAUACAAAUAUCAAAAUCAAUUUGAAAUGUCAUUCUGAAUAUAAAAUGGGUGUAAAAGCAAAUUCUAAUCAUUUUUUUAAAGAUACUCCUUUGUUGUGAAGGAUUUUGGUAGAGAUCUCUUGACUACCACAAUUUUGCUGGCAUAGGGUCUAUUAUCAACCCGUUAUCGCUUGAUAUAAAGGAAUGAACUGGCCCCCUUUUUGCUAAAGAGUAAUGUAUAUGAAGGGAACCGUACAAUAUCAUAGAAGUAUUUAGGCAGCCACUUACGAAUUUAAACUGUUUCAGACAUGUUAGUUUAUACCUAACCCAUUUGGUUAACUCGAACAUAAUGAUCCUAGUCAUACCUACUCGUACCUUAACCCUCCAAGCUUCAUUAUCCACAUACAAAUAACAUUGUCCACACUUAUCUCUUUACAUUUCCUUAAAGAUUUAGAUGACAGAAUUUGGUUGAAGAUUAAACCAUUUUCCCUUUGGUGAUUAUUUCAUUACUCGUCAUAAACAUUCCUCUGAAUAAUGUAUUGAUAUUGUUUCGAGAAAAUUGAUUUUGAUCUAUCAUGGGACUUGAAGAGUUAAAUUUUCUUUUACUUUGAUCUUUGAUAUGUUGUUAAAACAACCUCAUCUAAGGUAAUAACAUGGUGUAAUCUGGAUAAGCAAUUAGCAUAUCCCAUUUCUUUAGGCUGAUUUUAAAACUUAGCCUUGGACUCUUUCAUUCUAAAGUAAACUAAGAAAAUGUAAUGAUUUUAUAAUGUAAACUACACUCACAAAACGUGUUGAAAAGCACUCUAUACAAUAGUGAAUAUGCAUCACUAAAAGCAAACACAACUAAAUCAUAAUUAUUUUCACGGCACCUUCAUUUUUUGGUUUCUCUUUUUUCCUUAAUCUGUGCCAGUACAUGCCGAAUUCUGUAUUAUUUGGCAAACGUGACACAAACAUCUUCUGACCUUUGAUAACCUGACAUGUUAUUGUACCUUACAAGCAGAGGAAAGUGAAAAUGGGCCGCAGAGGUGUCAUCUAAAGCAGGACGUAUACUUGUGCACCAAUACAAUUGCAAUUUUUCCCACUUUAAGUAUCUACCCUAAGAGGCCGACAAGAUUUUUCUGUAAGAAAGUAAAUUUGAAAGACUGGUCACCUGACGUCCUUUUUGGGCGCGACAUUACCCCAUCUUUGGUCUUUGGCGUCUUUCAGAUUGCUUAUUUUAUGAUACUCUUGACACAUGAUCAUAGUUACUAACCCUCAAUAUGUUUAGGUUAAUUUUGUUUAAUACUUGAACAUUUGUAAACGUCACUUCUACUAGGACGGACCAUAACUCAGCAGGAUUGAGUGAACCUGUAUUGCAAUAUAUCCUUUAUCGGUUUUGGCAGUUCAGCUGGAACGACAACAUGUGCAAAUGAAAAACGUGGAAAGUUUCUUCUAAUACAAUGGGGGGACAUGUGGUAGUAGCGGUUUGAUUUCCGUCCAAGUCGCCACUGCAUGUUUUGCUUCUCCCAGUACCAGUCAGCCUCAGGUCUAACAAGGAUGUAAUGGUCAUCAGGGGGCGUUGCUGGCAGGAAGUGUUGUUUACAGCCGUAGCAUUUUCUUACAUUUCCCCAAAUCGUUGCCACUUGAUAUGGGACAUUAGGUGAGGGCAUGGCUGGCUUGGGUCCCCUCAUACCGGUUGCCAUGCGGGUAUUACCUGUUGCGGGUGUGUGUGGAGAUGACAUCAGUGAUACAUUGUUGGGGUUCUGCAAACCUCGGGAGCCAUAACUGUGAAUUCCACCGUCUCUUCCACCAGUUGAAGGCAUGGCUGUUAUCCACGCAUUAACUUUGACCGGUACGUCUAGAGAUGAUUGAAGUGGCACGUCCAUAGGCAUAUCUACGUUCUCUAAACCGUGGGAACCAAGUGCAGGAGGUUCACAUUCAGGUGAAGUGAAUGGUGCAGGAUUAUCGUUCAGAAGUUCAGCCAAAAAUGAGAAUGGUCCAUCAGUGGGGUUACUUGUCGGCUGAGGGAGUGAUGAAACACUCAAUCCAGGUCUUGGAACUGGAUUUGAUGCCAAUGACUGCAUAGAUGAACAAGAGCCACCAUGUGAGAAGACACACUCAGAAACAGUACGUGCUGGAAGUUGGAUGUUGCCAAUUGAUAAAGAAGCACUUGGGGGAGGUGGAGGUAGAGAUAACAUCUGAUGUUGUUGUGGUUGUCGUUGUGGCUGCUUAGCACUCACACCAAAGACAUUUUCACAUGUAAUAGUGACAUCGCUGUGAGGUGUUGGUCCCUUAAAACGCUUUCGAGGAUUGUUUUUCUUCCUUCCCACGUUGGGGUCUUGCUUUCCUGCCAUGUUUAUGGUGGUAAUAUUAAGAACCUUGCUCUGUUUAUAAAAGUUCAGAUAUUUGGAUAGGAGGCCUUGCUUUUCAGCGACUGCUACGGCAUGCGAACAAACUCCAAGCGAUUUGAAGCCUGGACAGGAACAUUUGACAACACCACUGACACUGCUGCUACACUUCACUGUGUGAAAGUUCUCACUGCUACUCUCACUUAUGACUAAGAAUGUAUCACAGUCUUCGGCUUGCUUGCCCGGAAAGAAAGGAGCACAUUGAACUGCACCAGGGGAGGAAACUAUCUUGGCCGCCUUCUCCCAUAUGUUCCUCAAUAUGACAUCAUCAAGAGGAAUGUCAAGCAUUUCCCAAGAAGCAGACAAAGGACCAACAGGCGCCACAUGUCCAAUAGCUCUGCUCUCCCCCUGCAACACUUCUGCCAUGGACAUUCGUCGCAUCUUCUUCACGUACGUUUCCCUUUGCUUCACCGUCAUCUUAAACCACUGAUCUACACUUAGGGCAAGGUGCGGAUAAUUCAUUUUGUACUCCCCUCUUCCUGUGAUUGCCUUAACAAAUUCGUCAUCGAAAUCAGCCCUUAGCUGCUUCAUAUCUUCCACAAACUUUGGAAGAGACACCUCUUGGUAGUUCUCUUUGUGCUUGAUUACGUGGUUAUUGCUCUCUGAGCAGUGCGUGUAGAACUUUUUUUGGGGCACCCUAACCCAGCUGCCGUUCGUACUUUAGGAAGCAUCGUUUCUUUAAUCAUAGUAGUAGUUGUAGCAAACCAGCGGACGAAGGAUGGAGACUUUUCCUCCCAUUUUGUUCGUACAGAUUUCAAAAAGAGUGUCAAACAUUUCAGAGGACUCUGCGUCAACCAGUCCUUCAUGGUAGGCGCCAUCAAGGUGGUAACCAAAUAUCUGGUUUGUGAUUUCAGUCGUGCUGGAGUCUUCCAGGGCUUUAAGAUGGUCUUUGACAUUAUUGCGGAAAUGACUCAUACAUCUAAGUUUCACAGCAGAUGGAAAUCCCUCUGAGAAGGACUGUUCAAGGGGUUUUUCUCCGUCAGUACCAAAUGCCCUCAGUUCUUCCUUCAGACCUGGACAGUUCUUCUGAAUACAGUAGACAAAAUCUGUAUACACUUCUUUUGUCAAAUUCUGACUUAUCAGAAUGGGUCCUAUACAAAUAGGGUGUUCCCCAGUGCGUUUGGAGACCAACAAAAGGUCUUGAUAAGUUACUGGUGUGACACUGUACUUUCCAAUGUUGAAUGUGGGAUCAACUGUCAAUAUACUCGACACUAAUUCUGAUGUGCAGUAGCAUUUCAAAUUUUGAAAUUGUGUACUAGACCCCAAUACGAUAAAUAAUGGAUUUGGAUGUGUUUGGAUUGUGCGUAUGAAUGUAGUUUGACCAUCGCACCACCUUUCUUCGUUUGCCAUAGCUAGUAGACUUCCAAGAACGUCGUUUGUGCUCGAUUGACGAGCGCACCCAGCCGUCUGUUGCUUCAUAUUAUAAGCUUGUUUCCGGUUCCUUGGGGUUACUCCGGCACUCUGUGCGUUCAUCGUUCCUCCUAACUCUCUUGUGGUUUUUUGAAAUGCCUCUUUAGGGAAGUGUUGCUGGAGAUUACACUUAAGCUUGUACUUGGUGGAUUCAUUUGUUCGUUGAUACGGGAUCUUACUUUUCUGUGAAUUUCCAUGGCACUUCAACACAAAGGGAUGCUCUUCUCCAGUAAAGUUGUACUGUACAAGUGCAAGGUUGCCUAGGAUAUCCCCAGAUGGCGAUCGACAAAAAGAUAUUGUCCUCUUGAAAUCGGGGGAAGAAGAACAUCUUCUGUACUUUCUUGUCAAAUGGAAAUAAUCUUCCCCCACGACUUUCGUUCUAGAAAUUUUGUUGCAACUUUCCAGCAACCCAUUUUCGAACUUUAAUUGGAACGUGUCAGUCCGAGAUCCAAGGUUUUCAUAUGAUCCGUUGUCAUCAGCUUCUAAGUCUUCCAAAGCAACUACUCUGAGAUCAACGAGAAAAGAGGCAUUGAUCUGUACACGACAGGGCUGAUGUUUGCAUAGGACAUUUUCCACAUGUUCUUUAGCGAGUAUUUCAAUGACUUUCUCUGCAGAAAAUAAAGCCGUGCUUCCUCUGAUAAAAAUAGGAGCACUUCCACAAAACUCUACCUCAUCUGGGUCACUGAAAAAAAUAUAAAUAAUUAUUAUGCACUGCCAAAAAAUAUAUAUAUAUAAAAUAGGCAGUUUUUCAAACUUUCAUUUGAUCUGAAAGUCAUUAUUAAUAAUAAUAAUAAUUCAGAGUUUGAAAAGAAAACCUGUAUUUGCCUGUAUUUAUUUUGUGCAGUACAGGGACAUGGGCUGUCAGGUACUAAUUACGUGAAACGUCACAUUAAUCAGAUUGCUGAUUUACUGUUGUGUAGGAUGUGUGACAAAAGGGAAGAAAGAGUGUCACCUAGUGAGUGUGAAAAGUUGCCCAGAAGAAAUAGAAAAAAACAGGAUAAUGUGGCAAAGACUGCACACAUUUUAAGUCAUCUGAGUAAUAGCUGGAACGGAAGGAAAAAUGAUAUGAACAUGUACCAUGGGGUUUUGGAGAAUGAUCGAUGAAGUAAAUUAGCUACUUUAGGAUAUGACCAUGCAAUGUGAUAACGUUGUUAAAGUAAAAAAAACCUUACAUUUUAGUGCUGAUCAAGACGAACGAAUGUAUCAUUGUAGACAUUGCUAUACUAGGCAAAAGUAAGAUACAGGAACAGGAAUUUGAAACAACUGACAAAUGUCAAGAUUUGAAGAGAGUAAAUAGAAAAAUGUCGGGUGUGCAGAACGUGGACCUUGUACCAGUUGUUUUAGGGGCUAUUACAAGUCUUACUAAGAAACGUGGACAAUGGAUUGAAACACUGGGGAUUAGAGUAACAAGUGGACUGCUUAUGAGCACUAGGAACAGGCAGGAUUCUAAAAAUGGUGAUUGAUUUCUGAGUACCAGUAGAGUGCCCCACAAGACAACUGGUUGUUAUAAUUAAUUGUGACCCACUCCCUUAGGAUGUAUGUCUACAUGAUAAAAGCCUGAGCUCAGAGCUAAUUGAUAACAAUGGUGAUGAUGAUGAUGCUGAUGUUGUUGAGAUGAUGAUGAUGAUGAUGAUGAUGAUGAUGAUGAUGGUGAGGUGGUAGUGGUGGUAAUGGUGAUGAUGCUGAUGAUGAUGAUGAUUAUAUAGAGGUAGGUCGAUUCUCAAUUUCCUUCGUCUCCCAGUCCUAAUUAUUCAUGAAUUAGGGUUAGGAAACAAAGGAAAUUGAGAAUCAACCUAGGUUAACUCAAAAUUAACCUGAAAUCAAAUUUGACCUGUAACAUAUAUACAUUGUACAUGUUGUGAUUCAACUUGAUCAUUGGCUUAAAUUUAUUGCACUGUGUUUUUUGGUAUGGCUAUGUAAAAUAAUAAGUGUGAAAUAUUAAGCUGGGAUAGUAUCAAACAUUUAAAAUCGUACACUGUAGUCAACUUUCUAGAGCAAAGAGAGAUGUAAUCAACUCAAAAAAAUGAUCAAUCGAUAUUUUAAGUAGAAACAAGAUUAGUGUAUUAAUUACGUUCAGAGUAAACACUCAAUCUCAAAUCAUAUAUAAUCAGUUGAUCACUCAUCACCUUAACCCUUUAAGCCCCAAUAUCCAUGUGCAAAUUCUCCAAACUGAUCUCCAUACAUUUCCUUUAAGAAUAAGUUCAGAGAAUUUGAUAAAAGAUCAAAGCAUAUUUUCUCUUUGGUGAUCAUUUUAUUAGUUUUCAUAAAUUUAUCUAUUGACAAUGUAUGGAUAUCAUUAGGAGAAAAUUGUUGUUGGUCACUAUUGGGACUUAAAGGCUUAAUAGCUGAUUCUCCAAUUUGUAAUCAAUGACUAAUCAAUACCCCACAAAAUGUUAAGUAGUUCAUCAGUCAUAGAUAUAUCAUAGGCCUUGUCAAAUUGGCCAAAACAAAAUAUAAUACACCCCCCUCCCUCCAGCAUUUUGAUUAGGAAAGUAAAAUACAGGCAAUGUUUUGUUUAUUAUGGUGCAGAGAAACACGUUUGAAAUAGAAAACUUCAUGUAAAGCAAAAUGUAUAAAGGGUCAUAGAUCUUUGUAUCUCAGGUGCAAAGAAAGUCUUGACAAUGUUAAUGCUCACUGGGAACUUGCUUAAAAAUUUACCUUGGUUCGAAUUUUAUUUUCCUUAACCCAGGAAAUAGCUACAUAAAAGGGGUUCAAAAGAAAAGUAAAUAAUUAACCACGGGUAAAAUUGGAACAAUAACGUCAAUUUUGUGCCAAGAUGGUAUGACACAAGGUGUUGUGUCAGCUUCAAGUUUUGAAAAAUGAGAGCAAGUGUUUUGACUUUGAUUAUGAUGGUAAUGGUAGUGGUGAUGAUAAUCUUAUGAUGAAAAUUACUUUGAAGAUGAUGAACAUAAAGAGAAAGAGAAACAAUCCAUGAUAUUAUAAAAUGAGAGCAGGAUAAACUUAAAGUUGGUGAUGAUGAUGUAGAUGGAGCUGCCUACUUCAAAAAGUAAAGGACAUUAAUUUUAAAACUGUACAUAAAUAUUGAAAAUGUCCUUCAUUGAACUUGGAAAUAAGGAAUUUUACUGGAGUAAUGGCUUAUCAAUAUUGUUAGAGACACUUUCAAGACACAUCUUUUUCGGAAAAAUGGUCGGCGAUGUUUGAGGGAAGAAUUUAUGGUGGCUUUAGCGGUCAAGAAGUACUUUUGGUGACAAAUUUCCUCAGAAGGAAAAUGAAGCAGAUUUUCAGCGACAACAGACCAUGGUCACACGCCACAGUCACACCAUCGAUGAACAUGGUCAAACAUGAACAUGGUUCGCAAUCAAAAACCAUGAUACCAUGGUCAAACUGUUGCCGGGGUAAUAGAGAGGGAGGGUUUAAUAGAUCUAGAUGAUUUAUGAUGUUAGAAGAAAUGGAGGGUCACUGUAGGCAUUGAGGACCAGGAAUCAGUUUAAUGACCCUCUUACACAAGAGGUACAUUAACUUGAAUUUUGUAAAAAAAAUUACUCUACUUAGCUAUAACCUCUGCCAGUAUGAUCAGGAAAAGAUAUUUAAACUAUCUAGAUAAAUAAAUAACAGACUGCAAAUUUAUAUAAGGAUUUCUCUUUUUUAGGCAUUGUAUAAAAACCUACCUUUCUUUUUGUUGUUCUCCUUUUUCCCUUUUUGUUGGAGUACUUUCCAAGGAGGAACUACUUAAAAUUUGAACUACCUCCUCAACAUCCUGUUGUCAGAGAGAAAUACUUCAAUUCAAGAUACUGAAGUAAAACCAUGUACAACAAUGUAAUAACUUUUAAUGAGUGAUGUACAUUUACAUCUUACCUGUACAUCAUCAUGCCACCUGACUUCAGGUAAAUCAGAAUCAGAAUCUGAGCUAUGAAAGAGCAAAAAAAAAGUCUCAUUGUAACAAACGGACCUGAAUGCCACUGUUUAAAAACGUGAAAAGUUUCCCACUGCAUAAGGGAGACAUAAUUGGCUUUGAAGUGUCGCAAGGAUUUGAGGGUUUCUUAACUUUUGCAUUUUUCUCGUGAUCACAAAAAAGAGAUUCGUCAGAAAAUAACAAUAAAAUAAUCCAGCUUUGUUCGGAGGAAAGUGCAAUACUGGCAAUUUUAAACUACAGUAGCUAUAGAGUUAAAGUUAUCGAAUUGGUGAUCUUUAGCUUUAAUAGAUAAAAUACUCCCAGCCAGUUAGCAAAGAAGGAGACAAAGACUGGAAAUAAGUCGGAAUAAAACAUGAUCCCUACAUUUAGUUUCAAAAAGUACGACACAUUUUCAGCAUUUUCAUAUCUACAUUUUUGCACCUGACAACAAUGAAAGACUGAUCAUGCGGUUAUUAAUUGUACUGCUGUUAUGAUUAUUUGAGUUAUAACCCAUUUUGUGCAUAGAUCGACUUACAACAAACGUGUAAACAUUUCUGCAUUCGGUUCAAUACGGCAUAGGCUACAAAAACAACAGAUCAGGAGGAACUGAAAUCACAAAGAUCCUAAUCUUGUUGAGGAAAUGUAUACAACUUGUCCUCUGAUUUGUUGAUGUUCAAGUAUGUUCAGUUUACUAUGGUGUAAAAUAUUACUGCAUUACAAUGAAUACUCACCUUUCAGAAGAUCUAACUUCUAUCACACCUGAAAUAUAAGUUAUAGAACUAUUAGUACUCCGAGUUUUUUGGUCAAAAUUGCCACUUGUUUAGGAUUAAAUUCACUUGUGUUAACAGUAAAGACUCACCAGCCAUGUUUUCGCCUCUUUGCACGUGGUGUGUUCCUUUCUGUUAUUUCCAGUGCCUCUCUGCCAUUUUUCUGCCGUAAUCCCGCCAUUUUGGAUUUUUGUGGAGGUUUCCGCUGACAACUCGUUCCCAGACUUCCGUUCCCCGUUCCCCGUUCCCCGCUCCCCGCUCCCCGCUCCCCGUUCCCCAUUUUAGUAACAUCCGUUGCAGGCUGAGCAUCACACGAUUUUUUUCUUUGCUGGAGUACAACUUCAAGUAUAUCAACAAGAGCUGCUCUUUUAGCCCUGUCUAAAUCUAUAUAUUAGCGAGUUUGAAAGAAAUCGAAAGCGCUAAACGAGGUAAACCACCAUGCCACUUCACAGUCCUUAAAUUCUUUACUAAGUCCUUAAAUUUUCCGUAAAUUCGUCGGGAUCAAGCACAUUCUCUAACAGGUGGCUAUCUUGGUUUCAAACGUACCGGGUUUAGCCUGGGGACGAUAAUGAUACAGAUACAGUAUUUGUUCUAGAAUAAUAGCAAGGGGGGUAUUUGCUUGCAGGCCACUAGACUAUUGUUAAUCCCGGGGGGUACUUCCUUAUAAGAGGCUACUAGGGAUGUGCCGCUUGAUGGGGUCGUAUUUUCACGACUGGAUUAACUAUAAUGGGUUCGCAUUUUCAAUAGAGUUACUAGAAUGGGGUGGCACAUUUUCGGAUUUUUUGAGGUAAGACAGUUCUUCAUAUUUACGGUUAGCAAACGUACCAGAAUGUUUGAACUGUAGAUGAAAGGUGAAGUGUUCUUUAUUCUAAAAAAUGGGUCAAUUCAUAAAAAUAGAGAGUGCCUAAUUUGGGAUCGCGAAAAAUUACAUAUUUGCCCAAAAGUGGCUAAGAUGGGGUCUAUAAUUGAUUGGCCACAGAAUAGACUAUAAUGGGGUAGGGGCUCUGAGAGGGCAGCGGCACGUACAUACAUACAUACAUACAUACCCAGCAAACUCCCCCCCCACCCCUACCCGGGUUGUUUACGCACUAUAGGUUCUUAUGCAUGCAUGAUUCUUGAUAUUGUAGCUUGUCAACGAAAACAGCAAUAAAUAUAAUAGACUACUCUAUUGAUAAGAUAAUUUCCUGCCUUUCAAUUUUAGUCAGACUAGCAAAAAGUGUUUGCGCGGCGUAACGAUUCCAGAUGUAGGAAUGCGUGACAGGCGCCAUCAUGUGAUAUCAGUUUUGUGUACACAGCGAAGACAAGUCGAUCGGAUCAAGCGCUGUAAACAGGUACACCUGUAGUAUUAAUGCGUUCGGCUUAAAGGCUUUCCUUUCCUGCAUGAUGUUCUAUUGUGUCAAAAGUCACAAAAAGUUUAAAAUACUCGAUACAUUUGAUGAAUUAUUGUGUUAUUCGGGUUUUGCAUUAAGACCUUCCAUCGUGUAUUGUAAACAGUCAUAACAGAAAAUAGGCAUAUUUCGUCGAUCGACUGUGGUGAUAAGUCUGAAAAGACAUUUUGUUUAGAAGAUGUGGGGAUUUUGCACAGUGCUAGGAUAAAAAUAUGCAUUUUUGAGUCAUUUCCUGCGUACGGCAAAGUGGGUGUAAAUCAAAAAAUAUUUAGUAGACACGAGUUGUUUUUGAAGGGCCAAAAUUGUGUCCAUUACAUCAUUUAAGGACCAAUUUAGUCCUAGGAAGUGAAAAAAAAUCGUUGAAAGUGCAAAACUUUGAAGUGGUGAACUCGGCAAUAUGCGCUAUUUUUACUCUUUGUCACUGCAAAUAUUUGGCCGCCGAGUGCUGAAGUGAUUUUCCUCCCGAAAAAUUUUAUUUUGAAAUAUUUUCAAAAACUAAUGCGGUUUAAAUUACUUUUGGACUAAGAUAUAUUCAUGGACAAAGUUUAAAGGAAAUUGAUUUUCCGACCCGAAAGGCAGUGAACCGGUUUUAGGGAGACUCACUCUUAAAUGAUUGACAUGCCACGCAUGUGUUACAGAAAUUACGACCCUUAUGAAAAAACAAAAACGAAAAGCAAAAUAAAACAAAAAACGAGCGAGGUUGCAUGCGACGAAACGAAGGCCUGGUACAAAUUUCCCUAAAAUAGUCAAAUAUAAAUCCCCAGGUGGUUCAAAGCUUAACAACUAGGCAGGCUAAAGGGUUUAUUUAGUCGUAGUAUAAACAGGUUACAACCGAACACCGUCAGGCUACUCAGUUGCUCGUUAAUCGAAUCGCAGCGCAAUGUAAGGCCUGUUUCGAACGUCGUGCUACUGCCGUGCUAAGCUGGCUCGACUGCAGCACGACAUUAGCACGACUUGGUUUCAGACGUCGAAUUUAAUUCACACAAUUACAGUCGAUGGAACACCUGUUUCCAAAAACAAAACACAAAAAUAAAGAAACGGUUUAGAAAACUUUUAAAUAUAUUCUAAUGUAUUUAUAAUUCAUGAGUUGAGUUCGGCACGGCGGUAGCACGACGUUUGAAACCAAGUCGAGCUACUGCCGUGUAGCACGGCAAGGGUUGCCGUGCUACACGGCAGUAGCACGACUUGGUUUCAAACGUCGCGCUACUGCCGCGCUAAAGUCGAAUUUAAUUCGAUCAAUUGAGUUUGGCACGGCAGUAGCACGACCUUUGAAAUGGGCCUUAGAGAGACUUCUAGCCUAGGUGUCGUCCCAAACGAUAGUGGAUCAACUUAUGAACGCUGCUUUUGUCCAUGAAAUAUACUAGAAAUACGUUUUCGCAAAAAUCUCGCGAAGCUAACAGGGUCAGCAGUAAGAAUAAACAAUAAAAAGCCGAAGGGUAAAAAUACGAUGAAAGAAAAAAAAGAAACUGGAAGUAGCCACGCCGGGAUUUGAACCUGCACCCCAACUUCCUCCAGCGAAAAAAAGUGCGGUUUCUGACCACUGGCCCAUGCGACCACUGCUCCGAACGCUAGGUAAAAUUUAAAAUAGUGCUGAAGUAUUUUUCUCUGCCAUUCACACUGUUUGAACCUUGUGGAGCUGUAUUUAUGAUGAAUUCAAAGAUACAUUUGAGGAAAAAUAGAUCAAACGAGUAUUUCAAAGCUAUUUUGCAUUAUUUCCGUGUUUUAUUCACUUUCGGGCUUUUUAUAACGGCCGCCCGAUUAACCUGCGACCGCUCGAUGAACGCACACAUCUUCUUCUUCGUUGCCCUCGCUGAAGUUCAGGUCGCCGUUCUUUCGGUGUUAAAUCUUCCACGGCAAGGAUUUCUAGCCACUUUUCGAAUCGGGCACUGUUGUGUUUGCAGCCCGCUGUUAUUGGCCUCAGAAAUACUUUGCUAUUCGCCAGGCGAUUCGUCAACGUAGAGUAAAUAGAAGAAGAAUAAAAUGAGCCCUAGUCGGUUGCCAUGUUGCCUGGAAACCCAAAAUGCACGAUGACGUCAUGCUAAAAAUCGCCGUUCGCUUGCGAUCCUCGCGUGAUCCGCGUGCUGCGCGCGCGACAAAAUUAUACUUUCGCUCCGCGAGAACAAAACGGAAGUCCUGAAGUGCUGUGAGCCCUUUGAAUACGCUUCAAAGUGGCAGAUAGAAGCUAUAGGAGCAGUUAUACGGAGUAAAAUCUGGAGCUCUCAAAUUUAUCCUGAAACGACAUCAGAUGUAAAACAGUUUUUGUCCAUGUUUUUAUAGCUCUUAACAUGAAUAAAAUUUAAUUCCAUAUCCAAUUUACCUUCAACCAGUGUAUCUACCCACCAUUUUAAAUGAGAUGACCCUUUGGGGACUGAUGAAAACUUUCAGCCAAGCUUUCUUUCUGAUUCUAUUUAUGUCUGAUUCUAUAUUUGUUGUUGUUGUUGCACGACCCCAUAUGUAGCCUAUGUUCCACUGUACUACUAGGAUUAGCUCAGUCGGUAGAGCGCUUGACUGCAGAGCGGGAGAUUGCAGGUUCGAUUCCAGGGGUCGGACCAAUACUCAGGGUCUUAAAAUAACUGAGAAAUGAAGGUAGUUACCUUUGCCCUGUUGCAAAUGGCUACACCUUCGCGUGGCCCUGAUGACCACGUAAAAUGGUGGUCCCAUCUCCGGUAGGAGACGUAAAAAUAGUGUCCCCAAUUAGUACUUUCGUGCUUAAUACAUUGACACUCAAAUAUGUGAAUCACUUUCACAGCAGUGGUCUUCCAGUGAGUCGUAAGUUUAAAAAGAAUAUUACAUGAGUUUUUGGUACUAUUUUCAAAAUAGACAACUAGGAUGUUCUGCAUGAACUGGAAGCUGCGAGGGAUUUUCGUCGAGAAAUUAUCUGGGAUUUUUUCUCGCUGACCUGGGACUUUUUUGCCAGGCCUCGCGCUAUCGCUCUCGGUUCCGAGCCUCCUCUGGUAACUCGGAUAGCGCGAACUGGCCUGGGUACGAGGCUGCUAAUAAUUUAUUCUAAUAUAAAAUUCCUAAAGAUAUCCAGACACUAACUUAACGCAAUGUACAUUUUACAGCUGAUUUCACUGUUUUAAGGCAAAUAACAAUUUACUUGAUAAGAUUUUAUAAGUACGAUACUUAUUGUGGCGUAGACGUGAAUAGCGGGUAACCGUAUUCUAGUUGUUGAUUUUACUUCUUUGAACUCCAGUCCAUAUUUUCUUAAUUUUCCUUCAAGGACUACCUUGUACCCUCGUCCCAUUACAUAUAUGUAGUGUAAAGGUGAAUGUAUGAAGGACCUUCCUGCUGCAAAAUGUAAAUACUUUCUCCUCUCACUAGACAAGAGAAGCAUGGUUCUCGUUAAUCGGCACUAUCUGUAAAACAAAAAUGUUCGUUUAGAACGCGACUGAAGUAUGUCGAAUAGCCAUUUCCAGGCGCUCAGAUUGUGGGGGCGACCCUCAGAGAGAUGCGAGUAGGAAAAAAGGGCGAGGGGGUGGGUAGGGAGCAAUGCGUAUUUUUCCCGACCCACUCUACUACCAAGAAGGCCAACUACUGGGAGUCGACGGCCGGCCGAGACUAUUAAUACGAAGGUCAGUGGAAAAGUAUCUUCUGUAUGCUUAACCUAUUUCCGAUCCGUUUUCUUGUUGAUAAAGUCCAGAAAAAAGAGAAAGAAAAAUUGUCAUUUGUAGGAUGAUGAAGAAUUUUUUACGAUCCCAGCAGCCGGUGUCAUGCAAUGCGAAUUCAGCAUCAAUAUGCAAAUUUUAGUCGAAUCCUUCAAUUCUGAAUCGCGUUUUGCCGCACGUUUUAUUGCAUAACUUGACAAAAUAGCUAUUAAUCUUUAACUAAAACAUGUUUUUAGGUCUGGCUUAGGUGCCACAUUAGAAAAUUUUGUGAUGUUUUUGAGGCAUUUGUUCGUGCAUUUUGUUUUCUUAAUUAGAUUUGUGAAAUAAAGACGACCAGUUUGUAAUGUAAUGUGUUCUCCAUUUACCGUUUGAGGGAGGUGCUAGGUGACUGUACGAAGAAAAAGUAUCCUACCUGCCGACCUAUCAUGCAGUGUUAUAUUUGCUCCAAAAAAACUGCCGCUUGUCAAGAUCGAUCAAUGUAGUAGGCAUGGAAUCGAAUUCUUCCCAAACUACAUUUUAUACAUUUUAUAGCUAUUUUUAUUUGUACUUAAGGUGGCUCGACCCCGUAUCUUUGUAGGUACACCUUCCAUCUCUGAAUCUCUUAGACUUAAAUUUAUCUUUAUUGUAAAACCAUUAUAACACAUGUAUUACACAUAUAUUAAACUUAAUUAUAAUAUUAUUUUUUGGGCGAUCGGAAUAAAUAUCACUAAUUGCAGCCCUUAUGGGCAUUUUCUUUAGAAAUGUUUGACGCUGCCUAUACUUUGAGUGCUUGUCAUUUGUUGUGCGAAGUUUUACAAAAAUCUGUAAGAGUAAUUUCAAGAUAUCUUGGAAUUUCUACACAAAGGGCAUAAAUUAUGCAUGAACUGAAGACUGGACUUAAUUACCCUGGUCCCAGAGGUUUUUCUUGAUUUUUCUUCGCGAAAGAGAUCAAGAGCAAGCCGCGAAGCGGCGACAACGAGUCGCGAAAGCGACGAGGAGAGAGCGAAAAACCUCUGGUUACCUUGGCCUCGAAUCUCACUUUCAUGCAGACGACAGGGUCAGGAUCUGACCCUCGGGCGUUGAUUGGUUGAUAUUUUUUCAAACACGCAAACCAAUUUGAUUGGCUUGUUUAAUUGUAACUACCGAGGGGACGCUGAGGAUUUUCACACCUCAUUUCUGAAGGUAAAUUUUGCCUCUCUCUACCAGGGAAGAAAAUUGUUUGUAUACUGCACUCGCAAUAACAUCUGCACGGGACCAAGGCACGUAAAGGCACGCCAUGUUUCGAGAUUUUGACUUGGAUGUUGUUCCUGAAAGAAUAUUCGAAGAAAUUUUGACCUCGGUACUUCAUGAGCGCUUUCCUGAGUCUCACUGAGCAACGAAAGAAAGCUUUGUUCGCCGCCUUGAGUCGAAAGGAUGUGUUCACCAUUUUAUCAACCGGACAUGGAAAGUGUAUAAUAUUUCAGUUGUUACCAGCUGUUUGCAAGUACCUUUCCUUAAGAGGAUACUCAUACCCUCGCCAUACAAUAAUUUUGGUUGUCUGUCCUCUCAAGUCUGAUCUCUUGUGGACUCGCAUAUCCGCGAACUGCGAAACCGUGGCGUCUCAGCAACCAGUUUAAGCAGUACAGACGUUGACGACCAGAAUCUCGUGACUCGACGUAUUUACCAUUUUCUGUUACAAUACUGUCAUUCCAUUAAAUAAACUGACUUGUUUAGGGCAGCAAAAUAUAAAUCUCCGAAUAAGGAAUGAAAGUUUUCUUGUAGGAAAAAAAACAUACAACUUUGUACAAGCAGGUAAUCAUUUUCGGUGCAGCUUGCAUUUUCCUGCGACGCUCAAUAUUUAUCAUUAAAGAUCUAACCAACGUUAUUUUUGGCAUUGGGUCAACAGAACAGAACAGAACAGAUGACAAUGUUUGUGAAAAAUCCUUGUUAUUAUUCCCAAAAACGUUGAUUUUAGAUCGGCAAUUUGUUUUUACAUAAAUUCUGCAAAUCCUGCAGCAGUCGUUUGGAACAAUGUUGGUUUCUUUAUAAAGUGGUGUUCUAAUUCCUGGACUCUUGUCGCCCAUUGUUAACACAUGCUUUAGCUUGACCCCGAUUAACAAAUCACUCUUUAGCACCCAAAAGGAGAUGGUUUGUUCAUAACAUAAUUUCCCCAGGUCUACCCCCGGUUAAAAAAAUAGCGGCUGAUAAGCACGUGUUUGCUCAAUUGCCAUUGGUCACUCUUUUUAUUAGCAAUUAGACGCGUUUGACAGCUGUUGUCUGCAUGAAAGUGAGAUUCGAGGCCAAGGUAACCAGAGGUUUUUCGCUUUCUCCUCGUCGCUUUCGCGACUCGUUGUCGCCGCUUCACCGCUUGCUCUUGAUCUCUUUCGCGAAGAAAAAUCAUGAAAAACCUCUGGGACCAGGGUAGGACUUAAUGCAAACAAAUUUGCUACUUUCUGGAUGUUUCCGAAAAGUUUUUAUCACUCAUUCGUUUUGUAAAUGACCCUCAUACACUCUACAACCGGCUAAACGCAAGUAGACUUGCGUGAUUUCGAAAAACACGAAAACGUAAAUCAGCAAUGCUGAGCUCUUUUGUAAUUUUAAAGGCUACUUUCACGAAAACAGCGAUUUAACCAAAAUUCGUCGAUAGAUUUUCUUUAAAAAAUUUCAGUGCUGCAAUUGAUCAAUGUAGAAUAAAAUUCUCGAAUUUCGUGUCCAUUGAAAACUUUUUAAGUUGUCUAACGUAGGUGCAAAGGUGAGCUUUAUGCCUGAAACUGUACUCUAGAAACUACUUUUACAGUUUUUAUCUGUUUGAGCUCAAACUUUGCAGGAUUGUAGAACUUUGUAUUCCAAACAAUCAUAUGUUUUUGUUUUUGUUUUUGUUUUUUGUUUUUCAAUUUUUUGAAAUUUUUUUUCGGUUUUUGGCGGGAAAUGAGGUCACAUGAUUGACAGCAAAAUAAAAAUUGCAACUAAUGAUGUGAAAAAUAAAUAAUUUUUAAAGAGCACGACGCGACAAAAUCAAUUGAUGAAAAUUUUUUGAAAAGCUGAUUGGGUUAAGGAGUUAUUAAGCUUUAAUUUUUGAAUGUCCUGCCAUUUUGUUACUUUUUGAAGAAACAUAAGCACAUUUCAAAAUGCUAUAUAUGCUAAAGCAAUUGAGUUUUUCAAAGAGUUAUAUCACAUUUUUCUAUUUCGUCAUGCUCUUUAAAAAUUAUCUAUUUGUUACGACACCAGUUGAACUUAAAAUUUUGUCGUCAAUCAUAUGACGUCAUUUUACCGCCAAAAACCGUUAAAAUCGAAAAACAAAAAAUAUUCGAUUGUUUGAAACACGCUAACUCGUCCUUUUAUUACAAUAAAUUUGGAUAGCUACAGGCCACGUGAGUAAAAAUGCUGUAUUUAUUACACCCUGCAGAUCGUUUUUUCGUCUCAUCCUGAACGAAGAAGGUCUUUCAUGGCUCGCUCCACUUUAGCAGGUUUUGGUUCAAAAUCAACGUCAGAGAAAAAAAGCAAGGUAGGUCAACAACGUUUUGGGAGGGUUGAAUUGUAUAGUAAACUGUGAUUUUCUUAUACCUUUAGCUGUAUUCGUAAAUGAUUCUCAUAUAGCAUUUGAACUUUCUUUUAACUUCAAAUUAUACCGCUACUGUCGUUACUUCAAGGCUACUAAUUUCUCUGCCAAAGAGACGCUGUCCAUAUUGAAUUAUGGGAGGACUUUUGCCUAGCCGUCCAGCGGAAUUAUGAAAUCGCAGGAUAGUGGGUAUCUCAAAAAACGCCAGGUCAGCUUUACGCCCGAAAUUGUACUCUAAUGAACGACUUUUAAAGUUUGUAUUUGUUUGAGCUCGAACUUUGGAGGAUUGUAGAACUUUGUAUUCCAAAAAAUCGUGUGUUUUUGUUUUCAUUUUUCAAAUUUUAACGGUUUUUGGCGGGAAAAUGAGGUCACGUGAUUGACAGCAAAAUUAAAAUUUCAACUAACGAUGUGAAAAAUAAGUAAUUUUAAAGAGCACGAUGCGACAAAACCAAUUUUUUUAAAAAAUUUUUUUGAAAAGCUCAAUUGGUUAAGGAGUUAUUAAGCUUUAAUUCUUGAAUUUCCCACUAUUUUGUUACUAUUUUAAGAAACGUAAGCACAUUUCAAGAUGCUAUAUAUGCUAAAGCAAUUGAUCUUUUAAAAGAAUUAUAUCGCAUUUUUCUAUCUCGCCGUGCUUUUUAAAAAUUAUCUAUUUGUUGCGACACUAGUUAAACUUAAAAUUUUGCUGUCAAUCACAUGACCUCAUUUUACUUCCCAAACCGUUAAAAUCGAAAAACAGAAAAUACCCGAUUGUUUGGAAUACAAAAUUCUACCAUCCUGCAAACGUUUUAUUGUUUAUUGUUGUUUAUUGUUUUGUUUGCCAUAGGUAAAUGUACAAAGCAAAAAAUCUAAUUAUUUAAACUCUCAUGGCGAGGAAGCCCAAGAGAAGCCACCGGGCUUAUAAGGAAUGGGCUCCCUCAGUUAAAUAAUUAGAACAAAAUAAUAUCAUAAUUACACAUUGGAAAAAUCAAUGGCAGAGCUACAGUAAAUCCUAAAAUGUAUUAGAUAGUCGUACUAAUCAUAGUUCUAGGCUAAAAAAAGCGAAAUGACAAAAAGAAAAAAAAUGAAACUAAAAGAGCAAAGGUAAAAAAAAAUAUACAUAUAUAUAUAUAAAAGUUACUAUUUAUGAUAAGAGGAAUGCUUUCAGCUUACAGCAAAAGGAAGCGGUACUUGUUGCAUUUCGAAUUUCAGAACUAAGACAGUUAAAAAAUUUAGGACCUUGGAAACUGAUGGAGAACUUUCUUAUAUUAGUCCUGCAUUGUGGUAAAUAAAAAAGCUCCGAACGUCUAGUGCCAUAAGAAUGCACCUGGCGUGUCACCAAAAACAUAUUAUUGAGGCUAUAAGGAAGUAAGCCAGAUCUGUAUUGAUACAUAAAUUUUCCUAUUUGAAGUUUGUAGAUACUCUCAAGAUUCAGAAAUUUUAAAUUUUUAAAUAAAGGGUCAGUGUGAGCAUCGAAAGCACCCCUCGACAUUAUUCUUACGACCCGUUUUUGAAGUGUGAUUAAUCUUCUGAGGUUUGAUGGGUAGGUCGAUGCCCAGACGCUCACGCAGUAGAAUAAGUAUGGGUAGAUAAGGCUAAAAUAAAGCAUCCGUAAGGAGGAAUUAUUAAGGCAAAAACUUGAUUUAUAAAUUAUACCUAUGGCUUUAGACACUUUCCGAGCAACAUUAUGUAUAUGUGAUUUCCAUGUUAAAUGUUCAUCCAGAAUUACACCAAGAAAAGUAGCUUCCUUAACACGAUCAAUCGAAUAAUUACUGAUAUUAAAAGCUAGAUCAAGUGUUUGCCUGUUUUGUCUCGGUCUGAAUAUGAUAAAAUUAGAUUUCUUAACAUUAAUAGAUAGUUUAUUUGUAUAAAACCAACACGUUAUCUUUUUCAAUUCUAAAUUUACAACUUCCAUAAGAUAGGAAGCAUCAGUAUGGGAAUAGAAGAUAUAAGUGUCAUCAGCAAAUGGUAUCAGCUCUAAGACCUUUGACACAUUACAUAGAUCAUUUAUAUAUACUAAGAAUAACAGGGGACCUAAGAUAAAUCCCUGAGGGACUCCGCAAAUGAUAUCUAAUGAUGAAGAGUUGUAAGCACUAUAUUGCACAAAUUGUUUUCGACAAGAAAGAUAACUUUUAAACCAUUGUAAAGCAAUACCACGUACUCCAUAAUGUUCGAAUUUGUCGAGCAAAAUUUCAUAAUUUACUGUAUCAAAGGCCUUAGAUAGGUCAAUGAAUAGGCCUAAAGUUACCCUUUUAUUAUCAAGUACAUUUGAGAUCUUGUUAUACAAUUGGAUUAAAGCAUGUGCAUUAGAAUAAUUUUUUCUGAAUCCAUACUGAUUCCGGAAAAGAAUAUCAUAUUUAUUUAAAAAAUUAAUAAGGCGAUUAUAGACGAUUCUCUCUAGGAAUUUAGAGAAAACUGGUAACACUGAUACGGGCCUGUAAUUUGUGAACAAGGAUUUAUCACCAGAUUUAAACAAUGGAAUAACUCGUGCAAUUUUCAUUUCUUAGGGUACAACUCCAGAAUUAAGAUACAAGUUAAUUAUGUACGUCAAUGGUGCGCAGAUUAAGUUAAAAGACUCUUUAACAACAUUCAUUGAAAUACUAUCAUAUCCUAGAGCAGUACCGGAUCGAAAGCUGCUACAAAUCUCACUGACUUCUUGUUCUGAUACCGAUUGAAGAAAAAAUGAAUUAAUAAAGCCUCCAUUCAGAAAAGAACGAUGAGAUUUGUCAGACGCCGGAAUUGAUUUAGCUAAGUUAGGUCCAAUAUUCGUAAAAUACUCGCAAAAACGGUUUGCUAUAUGUGUAGGAUUAGAUAUUUCUUCUUCAUUAGAUUUGAAGAUGGAAGGCAACUUACACUUAAUUUUCUUCUUGUUAAUAAGAUCGUUAAGUAAUUUCCAAGUUGAUUUUGCAUUUGAUUUAUAUUCAUCUAACUUUUUAUUGUAGUAGAGACGUUUAGCAACGCGAAGGGAAGGUGUCAAUUUGUUUUUAUAACUCUUGUAAAGUUUCUCACGGUAUGAAGUUGGGUUAGCAAGGAAACGCUUGUAUAAUAAAUUCUUUUUUCUUACCGAUUUAAGAAGACCUUUAGUUAUUCAUGGUUUGCUCAAAGUAACAUUCUUUACUUUCACUUUUUUGAGAGGAAAGCAGUCAUUGUAAAUGGUAGUGUAUUUAUCGAGAAAACACCGAUAAGCGCAAUCAGUAUCUUUAUCCCAAUGAACGUUUGCAAGCCUAUCUUUAAACUUAGUGACAUUAUUUCCACUUUUGUCACGAAAAGAAAGCCAAGAAGUUUUAUUUAAGUUCUUGUUUUGAUCAAGAAGCAGUGUGAAAAUCGGAAGAUGAUCAGAUAUAUCACAAAACAAUAGCCCGCUAACAGAUAAGUUGUUCAAAUUAUUCGUGAAAAUAUUAUCAAUUAGCGUAGCCGUGUUAGAAGUUAUUCUUGUCAGACGUGUGAUCAAUGGAAAAAACAUUCUUGAAUACACAGUUUCUAACAAUUCUCCAGUUGUGUCGUGACGAUGGUGGUUGAUUAAGUCAAGAUUCCAGUCACUUAAAACAUAGCAAAUCUUGUUUUCCUUAGAGAUACUUGCAAGCAACGAAUCCAGACUAUUCAUAAAAUCUUGCAAAUUUUGAUUUGGUGGCCUGUAAACCACACCUACAAUUAUAUUUUUCUCUUUCGGCCUAUUGAUUUCCAUAAACAAAGACUCAGCACAUUCAGUGCAAGAAAAAACUAAGUCAGGUCGACAUUUAAAAUCAAAAUUGUCCGCUAAAUAUAGACCUACACCACCACCUGUCCUAUCUUUACGUGGAUUGUGGACAAAAUUAUAACCAGAAAUAUCGGUAUGAUGGGAUGAGUCUCGAAGCUAGGUCUCAGUUAUAUCAAUAAAAGAGAACCUCAACUCUAGAUUCUUUAGCAAAGUGGUUAAGCUAUCCAAAUUACGAUGAAGGCUACGAAUAUUAAGAUGCAGAAGCGAUAAACAAUUAUUGAUUUCUAAUAUAUUUUUCUGAUGCAACAUUUCAUUGAAGCUUUCUUCGGUAUAAUAUUCGCAGUCAACUAACUCCGAAAAGAAAUUAGCAUCAGGAUCAUGAUGGCUACAAAGGCUAAAUUUUUUAUGGGUUUCAGAUAAUAAAGGAUUAAACCUGAGGCUAGCUAACCUAUCGGGAUCGUAACGUAUAGGUCCAUUUAACUGCUCAAACAUAGCCAAACGAAAGUCUUCUUCGUUUAAAUGAAUAAACGGUAAUUCUUCCAUUAAUGAGUCGAACAAAAAACAUUGUGUAAUAUACUUAUCUUAAUCAUUUGAAGAACCGGAGGGCUUAUCACGAAUGAUCAAGCGAUCUAAGAUAAAAUAUGCUGAUUUUCCUGCUUGCUUGGCCGCCUUGAGCUUCUCCAAGUGAGGUUUCCUCUUUUCAAGCGUCGCUUGCGAAAGAUCUUCGCAAAUAAACAGUCCUUCUGGUUUUUCCUUUCUUGCCUUUCUUAUUACAGUUUCUUUCUGCUUCCAACUACUCAGUUGGCACACAAUAACUCUAGGCUUUGCAUCAGCUUGGUGUUAAUUGAUUCCUCCAGACUUUCUACGCUCAACACGGUGAGCGUGCUCGAUGUCAACUUCAAUGUUGAGCUUCUCCUUGAUCGCGGCCCUCACUUUCGUUUCAGCCAUUUCCCAAGUCUCGCCAGCCGAUUCUGGUAUACCGAAUACUCUGAUGUAGUUUCGUCUGCUCUGGUUUUCCUGGUACUCUAUUUUGUUUCCCUGAAGCUCCACAGUGUUUUUGAUUUCAACAAUAUCCUUUUCGGCGCCCACGAGCUUCGAUUUUAAGGACGACAAAUCUCCGAAAUCCUUUUGUGUAAAUUCAAGGCUUGCUUUGAGAGACGCGAUUGAGUCUGCCAACUUAUCGACUCUUGCAUUGACAGUGGAGAUAAAGGAAUCGAAAAGCGUUUUAAGCAUGGACUGCUGAACAUCAAGCAUUUGCUUCAGUGUAACAAUGGAGACCAAUUCUCCUUCAUCUUUAAGAGCUUCCAAGUUCAAUUCGUCCGCUGCAGCAUCAGACGAUUGAUGUUUCUUUGGCUUCCCCAUGUAGAUCAUUCGUCUGCAAAUGUUUAAACUAAGACAAAAUGCUAAUAGAAAUGUUGAAGCUAAGACAAAAAUCCACUAGAAGAUAUGCAAAGAGAAAAAACAUUACAAAUUGACGGAGCUGAAAAAUACACGUCCGCUCGUCAUGCGUGUUAUGACACAUUGACAGAUGAGUUUAACUAAAAAUGUUAGUCUCAAAGGGAUAAAAACUGUAAAAGUAGUGCCUAGAUUGCAGUUUCAGGAGUAAAGCUGACCCGGCGUGAAAAAAAAAAACGGUUUCCUUUUUCCAUUUGCAUCGGUUUUUCUUUGCUGAUAGGAAAAUGUGGCUACACCGACUGAAAGCAUUUUGACUUUUUAAUUAAUUAUAAUAAGUUUUUAAAUUAAUUAUUGUUAGUUAAAAAUAAUUUUUCUAAGGAUAUGAAGGCUCCCGCCAAAGAGUACCCAUUGGUGAAGUGGGCCCCCACCUUAAGCACUCUUAUUGUUUAUUGAUUUGGAUGUUUAACGGGUCGUGUGUGAGAACAAGAGGCACUCUCUUAAUGGAUGGGUCACUUUGUUAGGUACAGUUUCAAAUUUUGUGCGUAUCGUCUUGAAUCUAUUUGGUCAAUUCUUAUUCUAGAGCACGGCCUAACAUUUCAAUCAAGAGUUCGUUCCCAAAACUAUUUUCAUUCCAAUUAAGCUAAUGAGUGUAAUAAAUAAACAAAUAAAUAAAUGAAUAAGUGGAGAUGCCCGCAGUCAGUUUACUUCAUCUGUGUCUCGGGUGGAAGCAAAUAUAUUUUCCCCGAUUCUUAGACUUGCUGACAUCGUCAAUUUUAUGUCAUAUCCUGCCUAGCCGCAUGAAAUUGAGGCGCUUACUUAUUGUGUGGCAUCUUAUGAGCUGCAUUCAAUGGCUAUAUUCAUUUUUUUCGUUAAACAGGAAAAGGUGGUUCCAAAUAAUCUCAUGCGCCCGCAUAAGUCGCUUGGUGUAGUUUAUCUUGAGAGAAAGUACUACUCUUAGUCUAUAUUUUGAAGACUAUUUGAACGUUUUCAAAUAUUACUACUUAUAUAGAGAAAUUGUCGGUACACUUUUAACUCCUCCAAAUCCAUGAUGUCAUGGGAUUAUCAGCCAUGAAACAAUUUUUGCUGUGUGCUGUGCAGUGUACAUAGCACUUGUUCCUUUUUUCUUCAUACUUUCAAAGCCACAGCUUAUACUGGGUAACGUCAAGUCACGUUCAACUGGCCAAACCCAACUAGUUUUUAUCACAUCGUACAGAUCUUCCUGUUGGGGCGUCGCCUACGAAGGCUUUUUGCCGCUCGUUACAGUUUAACUGAUUCUGGUUCAAAAUCAAAAACAGCGGGAGAACAAGCAUGAUUUCUUCACUCUGCCACUUUAUAUUGUUUACGCUGUGGAGUCUCCGAAUGAAAUGGUCGACUUAAUAAACACUCUUAUCAGUGAGUGCUUAGACCGACAUGCGCCUCAGAAGAGGGUUAAAAUAACCCGCCUCCCUGCCCGGUGGUUAUAUGCAGCUGAUAUCAGACAGCUACAAGCUGAGAGAGAUAAACCGAGACUGGAUGCGCACAAUGCGAAUAAUGAUGAAUCAUGGGCUGCUUUUAGGGCUAUUCCUAAGAAGACCAAGGUGGUUAUUGGUAAGGCAAAGAGGUCCUUUUUUAUGACGGCUCUCUCCUCAAAACGCCCUAAACAGGUAUGGAGGGUCAUCCAUCGUGUGCUUAACCCUAGUCCCGCAAGAGCCGAUCCAGAUCAACUCAACAAAUACUUCAUCGUCACUAACGAAAUGACACUGGGUACCACCCCGGAUGCAACAUCUGAUCUUCUGGAGCUAGCAAAGUCAUUACCAGAGCACUCACGACGAUCAUUUAAGUUAUGUCGCGUAACUUUCGAGGACGUAAUGAAGGAAAUACACCACCUCCGCUCAGACUGCUCAACCGGUGUCGAUCAAAUACCUGUUAAGUUAAGUUAGUAAGUUAGUAAGUGAGCAUAUUGCCGGUCCUCUCUCCUCUUCUCUGUCUAAUCAACGUUAUCUUAACUGUGGUGUACCUCAGGGGUCCUAUGUAGGUCCUCUACCAUUUUGUUAUGUACACUUCUACGCUGUUCAAGGUUAUCGAACGUCAUCUCCCGAGGCUCAUUGUUACGCAGAUGAUACCCAGCUAUACGUUAGUUUCAAGCCCGAUGAUGCUUACGCCCAGGACGAGGCAAUUGGCGAAAUGGAGGAUUGUAUUAAAGAUAUAAGGAACUGGCUUAUUGAAGGACGGCUGUUACUCAAUGACAAUAAAACUGAAUUUCUAGUUAUUGGAACUCGUUACCAGUUAAAUAAAUUAAAUCCAUCAGUACUUCAUGCAGGUGAUCACACGAAUGAUAAUUCGGUUAACGUAAGGAAUUUGGGAACGAUAUUUGACAAUUUAAUUAGUAUGGAUACUCAUAUAAAUCAAGUUUGUAAGACCGCGUUUUACUGUAUUCACAAUAUUCGUAGUAUUUCUAAAUACCUUUCACAGUAAACUGGACACGUGAUCCGAGUCUUCCGAUAAACGCGUUACUUUGAGUGGCGUAGCGAAGAUCACAUUGGAACUACGGAAAUUUCGUUGAAAUGUAGGAUUCCAGGAAAAAAGCUUCAAAUUGGAGAUGGAAAGUUCGAUAUUUGUGGAAAUAAGAAAUAGCGACGGAUGUAUCCUCUGUUUUAUCGAGUAUUAUUUGUAUGACAUGCAGAGCUUGUUCUUUAUUCCCUUGUUUCCAUCGAUAAAGCCGGGACGUUUCCCCCAUCGUUCAACAACCUUUCGCGUAUUUCUCUUCCAAACAUGCUAGGUUUCAUCAAUUUGAACAAGUUUAUGGAUUUUAUAACGUUUUCUGAAAGUUUAGAAGGAUUUCCUCGACCUCUUUGAUUAAAGGGAGAAUAUGUGCCGUACGCGUACAUUUGAUAUUUACGAAUAAUGCACACUCUGCCAUGUUUAACACGAACUGCUCGUGAGAUUGCCCUCGGUCCCUCUCCGCUCAAAUACAAAUCAACUAUCCUUCUUCUGAUUUCCGUACUGAAUAAAGGGAGAAUAUGUGCCGUACGCGUACGUUUGAUAUUUACGAAUCAUGCACACUCCGCCAUGAGUGACACGAACUGCUCCUGAGACUGCCCUCGGUCCCUCUCCGCUCAAAUACAAAUCAAAUAUCCUUCUUCUGAUUUCCGUACUGAGGGGUUUACGUGGCCUGAACUCUCGACCUAAAGGGUCAUAAUCAAUAGGUCUGAGCAUUUUGAAAGUCCGUUAAAUCCUCAAAUCUUUCUGCGGAUUUUGUAAUUUCGUUUCGAAGUUCUCAGAUCUUACCAAAAUGCCCAAAUAUGCUAAACGAAACUUGAAACGUUGUCUGAAUUUUCGGAAUUUACUGGUCACGCGUGACGGAACAUCGCUGUAAAACAUUAGUUCAUGCUCGUCGUUACGUCCACACUCGAUUAUUGUGAUAGCCUUCUUUAUGGCCUUCCUAAAUAUCUUAUAAGGAAACUAGAACGAGUACAGAACGCUGCAGUCAGAUUAAUAACGAACACUAGAAAUAUGAUCCAACCAGCUUUACACAACCUUCACUGGUUACCUGUGCUUUACCGCAUCUAUUUUAAAAUUUUAAAUAUAUAGAUUUAGCCAGAGCUAAAAGCGAAGCUCCCGUUAAUAAAUUCAUAAUUUAAAUCAAACAAUAAACUUGUAAUCCACAGAUCAGGGCACAUUCAUUUGACUUUUGAGGCAAAGGCUGAGUGAUUUUAGAGAAAAAUCAGAAUUUGACCGUCCAAGAGUGAAACAAAUUUUACAUCAAGUUAUUUUUACACCGAAAAAUAGCAAUCAUGUUCGAUCACAGUAGAUUAGGCCUGGAAAACAAAUAGACCUAUUCGUGUAUUGUAUUUGCAUUAGCUCUAGCAUCAUAAUGUGGCAUUCACCAGUCUCUCCAACAUUGCUCCGUUAGAGAGACUAUGGAUAAUUGGACAACCCCGAAAUAUAAUUUUAAGAAACACAUGCGCCACGAUAGUCCUUGGUGGCAGCCAAUUUACACGUUGCAUUACUCUGUCUAAAAGAGAGGCCAAAAUAAAAAUCAGGCAGGAUUUUUUGUGUUCGACAAGUUUUUUUUACUAGUAAAUCUUGGCGACGAAUCUGGUGGCGUGUAAACCAGCCUUUUAAACAUACUUUUUCUCUUCACGUCUCAGGUAAACAGUACACAGACCUCGGACAGAAUUUGUUCUUUUUUUGCCCUAUUUAAACCUAUAAUUCUGCAGUUUUUCACAAUUUUGCAAGAGAAUUUGCACUCAUUCAAUAUCCACGACGAUCAAAGCACGCGCUUCCUAUGCACAACAAAUUAUAGCAUUGAAUUAUAAAACGAUUUCCGUUAGAAAAAUCUGGUCCUUUGUGAUAUGCGGGGUAAUAAUUAUGGGCUUUCAAUGAAAACGAUAAAAAAAUUCCCAAAAUCACUUUUCGGCCAGCCGGACGGGUUCUCUCUUUUGACAGGCACCAAAUUUGCAGUGCGAUUAAUAGAGUUACCAUUUACGCUUCAACAUGAUAGAGAAAUUGUUAUGUUUAGGUUUUAUUUCCCUUUAUUCAUUAAACUGUGUAUGAUUUUGUUAUGUGUAAUCUUUAAAAGCGAGUGACAUUUACGCGCGGAGUUUUGAGUAUUCCUACAUGCGAUGUUUAUGUUCGACUGGAAACAACCGGUGCAGCGAUGAAAAUUGCGAGAGGGACUGAUAACAAUCAAUAAAAUAAGUUUCAUUCGGUGAAACAUGUACAGAGACAAUAAUUUUCAUUCAAGAAGAGAAGUAUUGAGAGUAAAGUGUCUCAGAAAAUCAUGAGUCAGGCAAGCAUAAGCUUAUUUAUGUUUUAAGCCGGCUUCCCGGUGUUCGCUCUUUUUCAAGAUGAACUCGAGGCAAGAAAAUCGCUCAGAGCUUUCUGUUUACAGCCAAAAUCAUAACUAAAUAAUCUUCGGAACCUUUUCUUUGAAUUUGCGGGUCAAAAAAUGUCUCAAGGCUUUUUAAACCUGAUACUAUUGUAGGUUAGAUCAUUGCUCUUGUUUUAACUUAAGCCGCAUAAACCAUACGCUCGACUUCAGGAAACCGAAAAAAAAAACAUCAAAAACAAUAAUGGCUCAAGCUUACCAGUCGAGACACUGCUUCUGAAGGUCAUCAAGUGUUCCAGAAUCGCUUGAGACUUUUCAACCUUCUUACGCCUGAAGCAAGGGCAAGUGAGUAAGCUCAUUUUUGAAAACGAUGCCAUCCGAAAUCGGAUUUCCAAUGACUUUGACAGGCGGUGCAUUUGUCAACAAAAAGCGCAAUAAACAAGCCAGCCACGAAUUACAGAACAAUCUUGAUAGCAGCUGUAUUUCAUUUUGUACCCCAAGUAGAAAAAGACAGUUUAAAACAUCACAAGAUGACACAAAACUCUCUCAGCUCCAGCUAUCAGUAAGCAAGUUUCCAGACGCUGCAAAAAUUUUCCGCAUAAACUCACCUGUCAAAUUUUGACCAAUCAGAACAUAAAAAUUGGACGUACAGCGUGAUCAACACGUGACAGUGAGAAAAGUCAAAAGCGAUUGCCUUCCCUGCAUGUAAAUGUAAAAGCCGGUUGAAUUUUCGUGUCCGAGAUCAGUUCGAAAUCAACAUUUUAAAAGUGCGGUUCAUGAAACACGACUUAUUUCAUAUGCAUUUAAAAAAAAUUGAACUUGAGCCUUCGAUCAUUUGAAAAGUAGCAACUUGUCAGCGAAUACCUUCUAAAUAUUACUCGAACUCAGAGGGUCGAUACCUGAGCCCGCGAUACGGUCAGGCGAUACUGGUCAGCAGAAACACUGUUUUGACAGCUGUCAAUUAAUCAAAACAUGGAUGUACAAUAUCAGGUUGCAGGCUCCCAAACUAGCUAGAAAGUGUGAGAUUAAACAUUGGUAUGCCUGUGGUGCGGAAGGACGGAAGGUCGGGUGGUCGGUGUACGGUCACGUGAUUGCCGGAUUUUCUAGGAUGGAUAGAUUUUCUAUAAAGCUAUGGGGCUUCGAACUGAGCCCGUGAUCAAAUAAAAUAUCAGCGCAAAACUUUAAACGCUACGUGACCUCAAUAGAUAGAAAAAUGAGUCCGCGAUCCACUCAGGUGAUGAUGGUCAGCGUAUACUCUAGUUUGACAGCUGUCAAUUAACCUUCAUUAGAAUGGGGAAUAUUCGAAUUACCAGACUACGAGCGUGAGUAGGACAUUUCCGUCCGGCAUAUAGUGGAAAAUGCCAGAUCGUGUACCUGAGCGAACCUGAGCCCUCGUUAUUAGUUUUCUGAUAGCGGUCUGCACAUGUCUCAUUUUGACAGCUGUCAACUGACCUUAAUUUGGCCUGCCAAUGUAACUUUAAACGACUGUCAGCCAACUGACAGCCUUGCCCGGCGUAGUUUCGUUUUUAUGUUGAAUUGGUAAGUGUGACAUAUUAUAUCAGCUUAUAUAUAGGGGCAAAACGACUGGUCUUUUAUCUGAGCCCGCGAGACGGUCAUGUGAUAAUUGUCAGCGGAUGUCUGAUUUUGGCAGCUGUCAAUCUAAUCGUACUCAUACGGAUGGCUUACAUAACUAAGAGUCUAGUCAAGUUGUGCAAGAUCUAUUGUGACAUUUGACAUCGGCUUACAUGAAGUGUGUGUACGGACGGGCGUACGCUACGUCAUAACCAAAUUUUCUGGGAUGGAUAGUUUACCAAACUUUCUUACCCAUGGUGCUCCGCUGCGCGCGCGCUUUGCGCGCGCGGGAGCUCCGCUAUUAUUACAUUUAAGGCUAUAUAUAAUAUGUCACCUAGCUAUAUUAGUAACUUAGUGUCUGUUAAGUCGUGUUCUGUUUAUUCCCUUAGAUCAAAUUCUUCAUUAUUUUUGGACCGUCCCAAGGGGCGCAUGUUAUCUACAUUUGGAGCUCGUUCAGUUUAUGCUGCUGCCUCCACACUGUGGAACAGCCUUCCAGCAAGUAUUCGGGAAAUAACAUCACCCAGCACUUUUAAGAAAAAACUUAAGACACAUCUUUUUAAUUUAGCUUACAACGAGUAACUUCUCUUGAGGUUGUCAAUUGUGUAUUGUUUGUAUUAGGUUUUAUAGAUAAUAUUUCUUAUAAUUCAUUAUAGUUAUUGUAUUUUUAUAUAUUUUUUUAAAUUUAUGUAAAGCGCUUUUGAUCAUUUUAAUGUUAAAAGGUGCUAUAUUAAGUGAAUAAAUUAUUAUUCUCACUCAUUUUAUCAAUACCUGUAUUGCCUCUUCGACGUUUCCUCGGACAUGGAAAACUUCUCGGGUUUGACCCAUCCCAAAGACGGAUUACCCACCGACUACUGAGCGAGAAAGAAUUACCGCCCAGUAUCUAUUCUGUCGACUCUUUCAAAAGUGUUUGAACGGUUAGUGCUGAAACAAUUAAUUUCCUACAUUGAUGAGCUUUCUUUAUUGGCACCAAGUUUAUCUGAUCUGGUUUCCGCAAGGGCCAUUCUAUUACAACUGCGCUGCUAGGUAUUCGCGAUGAUCUCCGAGCUAUGAAGAGGGGUGAAGUCAGUUUGAUGGUUUUCGCAGACUAUUCUGAAGCCUUUGACACAGUUUGUUUUAAGACAGUACUAACCAAGAUGCACGCUUUAGGUUUUUCAAACGAAUUUCUUACUUGAAUGGUCCACUACCUCUUUGAUCGCCGCCAGUUCGUUCAAAUAGACGACAAGACCUCGUCUAUCGAGACUGUACUGUUUGGUGUCCCACAAGGACCGAUACUCGGACCUUUUAUUUUCAACCUAUAUGUUUCUGAUCUUCAAAAACACAUUAAGUGUCCUUGUUACCAGUACGCGGAAGAUACAACUUUCUUCGUUCACUCAAAGACGAAGGACUUAGCUAAUGGUGUCGUGGAAAUAAAUGACGCAAUAUGAAGUUUGGGGGAUUACUCAUCUAAAUCAAACCUCGCUUGAAUGAAGCUAACACAAAGUGGAUGCUUGUUUCCACCCACCAGAUGUCUCGAGCUCAAACGUUACACGAUUAUUAUCAGCUGUGAGCUGUAACGGGAAGCUGCUAAAACGUGUCAACACAGCUAAGAUACUGGGGGUCCACAUUGACGAACACCUAACAUGGGCUUACCACGUGACUGUACUUCUGCAGCAUUGGCAGUUCUCCGGAAACUGCGCAACCUCGCACCAUACCAUGUUCGCAAGCAGUUAGUGAAGUCAUUAGUGAUGUCAAAACUGGACUACGGGCGCGUCGUCUUCUAUUCCCUUCCAGAAUACCAAAUGAAACGGCUGCAAAGAGUUCAAACAACAUGCGCGGGCUACGUACUUGGGUGGUACGAUGUUUUAGAGGACUUGCAGAACUGAAUUAAACUGGCUUCCAAUUAUAAAAAGGAGAGACCUAGCACUACUGAAAAUCACUCAUAAAGCCCUCUACGAUGAUGUUUGGCCUGAUUACUUACGGUUUAAAUUCCAUACUGUCAGUGCCUGUAACUUAAGAUCUCUUGAAGCACCAAAUUUGGCUAUUCCAACUGAAAGCGGCAGUUUUCAGGACUCAGCAGCGAGAUACGUUACCUGAUAGGUUAAGGCAAGAGCCUGACUAUAACAAGUUCGUUAGGUUAGCGAAGAAGCUCGUGUUCUCCGAACGAGAAAGGGUAUGACUGAUUUUUAUUAUUAUUUUUAACCGCGCUGUUUUUUAAUUGCACGUAUUUUUAUCAAAACGUUUGUACUUAUCCUUAAUUUAUGGUAUAUAUCAUUUUAAAUUUAAAAUCGGCUUGAUUUUUUGUAAUAAUAUUCUGCAGUUGGGGCAUUAGUAGGCGAACAGCCACCUCGUGGAAGUACUAGUAACAAAAUCGUUAUUAUUACUAUUAUUAUUAGUAGUAGUAGUUUUGAAGAAAUUUUAUUGACAACAAUGCUAACUAUUAAAAAUACUAUUUACAAUUAAUUCGCUUAAAAAAAAGAAAAAACUAUUCAUUCAAAAACACUAUUUACAAUUCCUGUCGAAUUAAAAAGCACUUAAUUUAGCUUAAAAAAAGUUAAUGUAACUAAGAAAAGUUAGUAGUAGUAGUAGUGGUAGUGGUCUCGUGGUAGUAGUGGUACUCGUAGUCGUAGUAGAAGUAUAUACUACUACUUUUAAUUACUAGUAUGUAGUAUAUGCUACCACUACCAGUACCACUUCAUUGCAAUUUAACAUGUUCCGUAAGAAUAGGAGAAAACAAAACUUGAUCUUUCUCAUACUCAAGAGGUGUACGCCAGGGAUAUAUUUUAACCCCCCUUUUAUUUAAUUUUAUAUUGCCGUUACAGUUUAAUAUUAGCAUAAUCAUUUGUUCAACAGAAAAACGUGAUGGAGGUUCCGAAAUAUCCCCUGUAGUAAUUUUUAUCUUGGAAAUAUUACAUCAUAACAGGCUUUGCUGGGGAAUUAAACCAAUGAAAUCAUCUUGAAGCCCAGUGAUGAAGAAUAUAUUUCUUUUGGUUUAUAUAUUCCCCUAAGUCUCUUAGCUAAGUAUGAAUUUUAAUAUAUCGAAGUUGGUCUGUUCUGUUGUUGUUCUGACGUACCCAUAAAAAUUUCCCGUGGCAAAUUCACCAUUGGGGAAAUCGGUCACACACAAAAAGCUGCUUGCCCAUGGGCAACAGCCAUUUGCCCAUUGCUAAAACAGCAAGUGUAACCGCAACUAUUGUUUACGUAAUUUUUGGUUUCUAUCACCUCAUUUACAUUUUCCGUUAAUUUUUUGUUGAUGGCCUCAAGAAACGUUGUUAUUUUUUCGUUGGUUUUGUAAACAAGAAACGUGGGUUUCAUAAUUUUCGCUGUUUCGUCGAGAGCCUUCCAUUGCCACAUUUGCAUUUCUCUGUUAUUUUUCGUCGAUGGGCCGGCAAAAAUUUGUAAUUUUCUUUAUUUUCGCGGUUUUCGUAACAACUGAGCAAAAUGCUGGGAUUUUUUCUAAGUUUCGUAGCUGAGUCCCACCCCGGGUUUAUCUCGUUACUUUGGUCAAAGGGAUGGGCGCUUAUUCAGAGAAGAGCGCUGAUUACAGGGCGCUAUUGGCUAUUGAUCGCUAUUUGGUAGUCUUCCUUGUAUAUUAUUUUAUAAUCUUCAAGUGACCCAUUUUUUUCAUUAGUCAGAUCAGUUAAUCGUUCAAAGGUGUAUGGGUACAUAGAAAAAUAUCAGAGCGUUCAUAACUGAGUCUGUUGUGUAGUUGUAAACAAGAAACGAAGUUCAGAAAUACUUUCAUUUAAAUCAUCCUAGGACAAGAAGCAAGUCCUGAUCCAUAGGGAGAGAGCUGAGAAGGCAAAGGUAAGUUCAGUGGGAUAUAUGGUGCAAUGUAAACUUGUGCAUUUUUACAAAGCAAGAAAAUAUAACAAAGACUUCGCUCCAGGGCAGGUCUGGAAAGACCAUAUUGUUAACGACUUUUACAUAGAUUUAACUCAGCAGACGCUUGUUUAUUUUGAGCUGCAAAAUCGUAAGGUCAUUCCUCUUGUUUAACUUUAUAUUGGUAGUUUAAAUGGAAGGAAUUUAACACGUGGGGUCUCCGUACUCUUUUAGGUGAAGCGGCACAUUUUGUACAGCUAGUACAUGUUUCAAGAUGUUUCCGACGGCUGCUUCUUUUUUGGGACGAAACAUUUUUUCAUGUUUCUUCUCCAGAAAAAAAAUGUUUUUGCUUAAUUUUUAUGAGGAAAAAUGAUGAUGAGUCACCAUACUCGUUUAGGUGAAAAAAAUGGCGAUUGAUAUCUUUUGGUGAGAUUGGGCCAUAGAACAAAAGCCGCCAAUUUUUUCAUCUGCACCCAUUUAUCACGCGUGAAACCCAAAGCAAUAGUAAAGAAUAUUUUUCAUUGUUCACUUGGAGAGCCCUCUUACCAUGGAACGCCCUGGAGGACUUAUUCUCAGUACUCAGUCAUUAUCUACAUUAUUCAUAGAGGUACAGAUAGUUAUGUUGUAGAAAUGGAGAGAGACCUUUUGCCGUAAUUUAUUAGCAGAAAAUAUCCAUUCAUUAGUGGGAGUAGCUGGACCAAUAGUGUUAAGGUAUAAUUAAGAUUGCUCUCUGACUAAUGGAUUGAAAAAAAAAACAAAUACAGGAGUCGAGAGGCCGUCUACACAAGGCUGCUAUCAAUGGACAGUUCGAAACAAUCAAAGGACUUCUUGAAAGUGGUGAAGAUGUGGAUAAAAAAGAUCAGGUUUGUGUCUUGUACAGUUUAAUAUGUUAAUUUGAUUUUAAGCCCUCUUCUCACGAGAAAUCGAGGAAAUCCUCGUAUAAAUGACCUUCGCGCCUUAUGAAAGACGUUAACGCAUUGUGCGUAUCCGUUAUUAUAACACAUGUUAUGUUGGAAUGCCGUUGCCCGGACAUGACUCGAACAAGACGCGAACCAUUUAUACGAGCUCUUCGCGUCCUAUGUAAGACAUACCGUCCUAAUUCAGAAGCGUCUUAUGUAGGAGGUGUUUUAUUGUUCUUAGUAUAUGUCAGCGGUCGUGUUUAUAGCGCGAAGACGUGUCUCUUCGGGCUCUUCCAAUUUGAAGCUUUUAUUCAUCAUCAUCAUCAUGUCCCAGUUUCUGGAGGGUUUUAAUUCUCACCAUGACUCCGUGAAACCACUUUUCCACUCGCCUCUUCUUGACCGGCUGAAGCGUCAUCUUGAAUUGGCUUGUUCUAGAAGUGCAGGUUAUCUGUCCUUCAAGUUAAUUCUUUACCCGAACUCUGAUUCUAGCUCUCAACUGACGAGAUUAACUACUAGUGGCGACAUUAGCUUGAAUCCUGGCCCAGAAAGAUGCUCUGUUUGUGGUAAUUCCGUCGCUCGAGACCAUCGUUCCCAUCCUGCGACUCCUGCGAACUUUGUUGCCACAUCAAGUGCGGCCUAAUAACACCAAGGGAGUUUAAAAGGCUUCAAUCACUCCAAAAAAUUUAACUGAAUUUUCCCCGUUUGUCUUGCCUUGUCUUCUUCUGUGCUUAUUGGCCAGAAAUCUAUCUCCUCUCCUUCGAUCUCUGGCCAUGGCCUAAACUCCUUUGGUUUAUUUUUAACUUAAGUGCACACUCAUCGACAUGUCAGAAGAUUCAAAGCGUCCUCGACCUUGUCCUUACAUCGACACCUGUUUUAGUCAGCUACGGUCUUAUCCACUCCAAUCAUUUAGAUGUCACUUUUAUCAAGGAGGAAAGCUCUGAGAUCCAAACAACCUACGAUAUUGAGAUUCUUAAGGCACUAACCAGAGACUGCAAGAUGCUUAUUUGCUCUAAAUAUAACUGAUAUUUGUCAUACCUCUCCUGUGAAAUUUCUCGGACACGGGACACAGAAAGUAUGCUUUGUCUGGAUUAACUGGUUUCCGCCGAUUUAAGAGGACAUAUAUGAGCUUUUCGUUGGGACAGACGAAACUGUCCGUUAUAUGUGGGUGUCCGUAUUAAGCGGGUGUCCGUUGGACGGGGCUCCACUGUACUUGCCCGCCAAGGAAUUAUGAAGGAAGGCCAAACGAAGAAGGGAAAUGAUAUAAAUUUAUUUUUAUUUGUUGUUGUUGUUUGCUUUUUUCUACGAUAGCAUCCUGAAAUUGUUCUGAACGACGUUUCCCUGAUAUAAACUGACUAUCAGCAUUCUGAAUGAAAAAAUGUUGGCCAAGUUUUUCUAAUUCUUAAUGGACAGUGACCUAAAAUGUUGCAAUUGGGCUCAAUUUUAGUGUUACAUUUGGUUUGUUUCUUGUAAACUAGCUAACAAGGACAUAGUAAAGAGGCUAAAAAUUAGUACAACAACAUCCCAUUUAUUUUAUAAUAGGCCAUCGUUACACUGCACUAUUUGGUUUAUUUCAACCUCUAUUUAUGUCUUUCUCUCGUUUAUAUUACUUUCAACUGAGGUACUGCAUUGGCUGAGCUCUGUUUACUGGGCAAUGAAGACACAGAUGCCAUAUGGGUGAAAAUAGCUAUGAGUCGACGUCCUUUCACACUGAAGUAGCGAGGCAGAAUAACACAUAACUCCGCGUCCCCGCGGGAUCAACAAUGCGCUCUAUAGAGGGGUACAAAGGAUUGCCCCCAACCACUCACCCUGUCCUGAAUUGAUAAUUACUCAUUCAAGUGAAAAACUCAUAUUAAAUAAUUGAUUAACAAUACUUCUCGGGUAAGGACAUAAAAAUUCUAUUUGUUAACAAAUAUUUGUUAUAUAACUACGUUUUUUGUCCUCUUUUCUGUAGUUUUCUUUGACACCUCUUCAUCUUGCUUGUUGGUAUGGACAGGAAUCUGUGGUCAAACUGUUUUUGGAACACGGUGCGAACGUCAACGCUAAGGACAGGGUGAGUCAGUGAACUUUCUUCAAUUGAAUAAUAUAGUGCAAUGAAGGGGUGGGGUAAGGGAGGUUGUUGUUUGUCCAGUAUUACUGAUUCACUCAGGAAUCUCUUUAUGUUGGCCAAUUAUUAAAUUUACCCUAGCAACAGUAUUGAUACAACUGCCUGUUUUACUAUGGUACAUAGCACAUUUGUGUUAUUCCAAUGGUAAUUUGUUAGUUAAGAUUUUUUUGUGCUAAUACACAAGUUUUUAUUUGUUAUUCACAGGAAAAAAUGUUUUUGUUUUUGAUACCUUCACGUAUUACAAAUAUUUUAGUUAUUACGAACUUUACGAACUUUUCAGUGUCCAGUUUCCUUUAAUCAGUUUCCUCGUGUUCAGGAUCAGACCCAAAAUUAUUAUCCUAAACAGCAACAAAAACAACAACUUGCAUAAUUGGUGUGGCUGAAAAGGGGAAAGUUGGUCACAAAGUGCUCAACUGAAUCUUAAAAGGUCGGCCCCACUUACUCCUGGAUUUUUGUGAGCUAAAAAGAACUCACCACCAAGGUGGUACACAUACCGGUAUGGAGGAGGGAGUUUGGCCUAUUCCACGGCCGCCUGUGACCGUUCCUGGGUAAAUAUGGAAGGUGCACAGACCGCAAUAGGGGAUGGAGUUGGGCCUCCCCUUGGCGUCGGCUCUGUCCAAUCGUGGGCCUCUCUAGAGCCCCCACUGUUAAACCUAUAUGUAUAUUCCAGGGGUACAAAAUGUCGAGUCUAUGGGGCAAAAGUGUGAUGAGAGGAGCACUUUAUCCCAAUUCCCACCUGUUUUGAAAAACACAACUGUCUCUAGAAUAGAAGUACACGAUAGAGACAACCAAAUUGACUAGCUAGAUUUCAUAUCAGUGCAUCAGGUUGAAACUCUAAACCAAAAGGGACAUCCACGUGUUGACGCAGAAAUUGAUUACUAUAGUGUGUGGGAUGGGAGGGAAAAGAAACAGAGUGACGAAGCAUAUCAUGGGAGUGUUAACUAAGGAACAUGGCAGAGUGCCAUGAAAUUGGUCAAAUAUACAACGAAUAGUUCAUAGGGUUCAGUUCACGUUAGGUUGCACGUGAAAAUAACUGGACAACGGACAAACUUCAACGAAGAGUUGUUAAUUAAAAUUCAUUUCCGGUGAUCAAUAAAUUAUGACCUCUCAGAACACGUUUUGAUUUGAACGUCUCAUUGCACUGGCAUUUGCUCUAAUCCCACCUGCGAAAUCGGCCUCUAACUCUUACCAAGAGCCAUAAUAGUGCCAAAUGUGUAAGAGAUAUUGCAGCAGGAUCAUGUGGAAAUAAAAAGUUAGUUACCGUAUUAAAUAAAUAAAACCCAGACGGAGUUACCAUACUAUCACAUUUAUUCCAAAAGAUUAGCAACAUAAAACAAUAAGCUGAAGUUUAUAAUACCUCUUUUGAUGCUGAUCGCUUUGUUUGUCCAGUGAGGGCGUUAAAGAACAAAAUUCCUGUCUGGCGGGAAAAGAUGUGCUCAACUAUACUGCAGAGUCCUGGUAAUGUCCUUGAGAAAAAUACUGGAGAACCUAACAUUUACUUCUUCCACUUUCGACCAAAAAUACGUCCACACUUAUCUGGCUUCUCCGGCUCCUUUUCCUAUUUCGCCAAAUACAGCAGUCGGAAUAACUGUAAUUUUUGACGGUUUCUUUUACAGAUCUGUUUGUGUAGAAGUUUUAUCCUGUUCCUAUGGCAUGUUCGCCAUCCAAAUAGAAGAAUUGAACGAAAUGAAAAAAGUGUGGAAACCCUCGGCUUCCGACCGGCCGCCGCGGCUUAACCACUUUCAGAUCCAACAGAAACGUUUUCACGCGGUGGCUUUAACUGUAUUUUACCGUUGAUUUUAAAGGAUCCAAUUGUGUAGAAGUUAUUUCCAUUUGCUUUGGUAAUAAAGUUCGUAGCUGAAGCAGGACAAUUUAACCAUAUCAAAGUCACAUUCCUCCACUUUGGCCGCCAUUUUUUGGGGGGAUGAAAGCGAGUCUUCCGGAAGUCUACCACUUCACCGGAAGUCAGCUGGGUAACCGGAAACUGUUUCCGCAUGGUCCGCAUAGUUAUAAAAAUAACUUUUUUGCUAUGUUUCCUUUUCUCUUCCUGUAUUUCAUUUGAGUGCUUCUUCCACCGCAUUUUUACACAUUAAAUGAAUCAGCUACAUUGCAGUCGUUUAUGGAUGUUGCUGGAAUUACAGCAUGCCUGUAACAGAAUAGGAAUUGUUCCCUCAAUGGAGGGGAACUGCUCUUUUUUCUUUGCUGUUUUGGAUUACCAAUAACCUUUCCUGCGACAUCGAUAGUUAGAGCCCAUGGGAGGAGAUGCCUUUUUGUUUUUGUUUUUUUGGUUUUCUCAAACAAAAAAAAAGGCAACAGGAAAAGAUUUGAUCCCGCAGGCUACCCAAAUCGUUUUAAAUCUUUUCCUUUUUAAGGAUUUUUUUUUUCUUUUGAGGUUAACAUUAGAUUUUGUUAAAGAACAAUUGAUUGAGACCAUGCUUCAACACUUAUGUCCAGGAUGGAAUGCACAUGCAAAAUGCACAGAAUUUUUUGUUUGUUUUGUUUUGUUUUGUUCGUAAUGGCUGUACUGUGUAAUUUUUCUUGUUAACAGUACGUUGUGUUACGUUGUGUGGACAAAGCGGAGAUAUGCAGUUAUGUAGAAUUACUGUUGUUAAAAUGUUUCUAUGAUAAAUAGUCAAAAGUGGGUAACACAAUCUGAAUAACUCUGCUUCGAUAUAAUGUUUUCAGUUUCAGCGUACUCCUCUGCAAAAAGCUGAACGUCAAAACCACCAUUCCAUAGUGCAGUUGCUACUGAAGAAUGAUGCCAGGCCAUGUCCUCAUCAACCAGUAAGUUAUCGCAGAUUGUGCACGAAAAACUGUCUCACAUUUCUGCUUGAGGUCAUAGACUUGUAGCGAUAACAAACGCGACCACCACUUCAUUUUUUGUAGAACACGUAUAUCUGCAAUAUGAAUACAGGGCAACCCAUAUAAACUAUUAUAUGCAAAAAUCUACUUACCUGUAGUAUCAAAUGGAUUUCCUCUUUAUUACUUGCUCUUAUUAACUUGGUCAUUUUUUAACAGGUCAGUCUAAGACAACUCUCAAGGAAAGCUUUCACGCAGUUGGAUAAAAAGGCUGGAUUUAAUCUACUCCAGGCGGCUGUCUUAGAGGAUGAAUAUGACAUUGUUUUAAAAGCUCAUGGACUUCCAAGUUACAAAAGUAUCAAAAGACUUUAUAGUGAGUGUGCUAAGGACAACAGUAGACAGACUAAGCUGCAGUGGGCUACAUGUAAUGAUGAUGCGGAAGGAGCUGUUGAGCUUGUAUUAAAUGAUGGUGCAGCUAUUAAUGACCGAGCGUCAGAUCAUGAUUACACAGUUUUGUUGCAGGCGAGUCGUUCAUCCUCAAGUCAGUUCAUUGAGACCCUCAUUGAUCUUGGGGCCGACGUUAAUAUCCAAAGAAAAAAGAGUAAAGAAACACCAUUAAAAUUAGCAGCUGUUUGGAACAACUAUAUGGCAGUGUGCUUGCUAGUAAGGCACGGAGCUUAUGUAGAUGUUCAGGAUAGUAAUGGAUUCACACCACUACACAUUUCAGUCAGAAGAGGUCGCGAAAAUCUUAUCAAAUUACUACUUGGAAACAAAGUAGAUGUAAAUAUUCAAGAUAAUGAUGGAUAUUUACCCUUGCACUGUUGUGCCUUUGAGGGUAACGAAAACCUCUGUAGAUUAUUACUUGAACACAGCGCAGAUAAAAAUAUUCAAGAAAAACACGGAUUUACACCCUUGCACUGGUGUGCCUUUAAGGGUAACGAAAACAUCGCUACAUUGUUACUUGAACACAACGCGGAUGUAAAUAUUCAAGAUACGGGUGGAUGUACGCCCUUGCACUGGUGUGGCUUUAAGGGUAACGAAAACAUCGCUACAUUGUUACUUGAACACAACGCGGAUGUAAAUAUUCAAGAUACGGGUGGAUGUACGCCCUUGCACUGGUGUGGCUUUAAGGGUAACGAAAACCUCUGUAGGUUGUUACUUGAACAUAACGCGGACGUAAAUAUUCAAGAUGCGGGUGGAUGUACGCCCUUGCACUGGUGUGGCUUUAAGGGUAACGAAAACCUCUGUAGGUUGUUACUUGAACAUAACGCGGACGUAAAUAUUCAAGAUAAAGUUGGAUAUACACCUUUUCACCGGUGUACCAAAGGGGGUAACGAAAACCUCUGUAGGUUGUUACUUGAACAUAACGCGGAUGUAAAUAUUCAAGAUAAAGAUGGAUAUACACCUUUGUACCGGUGUACCAAAUGGGGUAACGAAAACCUCUGUAGGUUGUUACUUGAACAUAACGCGGAUGUAAAUAUUCAAAAUAAAGAUGGACGUACACCUUUACACCGGUGUAACAUAAGGGGUAACGAAAACCUCCAUAGGUUGUUACUUGAUCACAACGCGGAUGUAAACAUUCAAGAUAAAGAUGGAUUGACACCUUUGCACCGGUGUACCAUAGGGGGUAACGAAAACCUCUGUAGGUCGUUACUUGACCACAACGCGGAUGUAAAUAUUCAAGAUAAAGAUGGAUGUACACCCUUGCACCUGUGUGCCAUGGGGGGUAACGAAAACCUCUGUAGGUUAUUACUUGAACAUAACGCGGAUGUAAAUAUUCAAGAUAAAGAUGGAUAUACACCCUUGCACCUGUGUGCCAUGGGGGGUAACGAAAACCUCUGUAGGUUGUUACUUGAACAUAACGCGGAUGUAAAUAUUCAAGAUAAUGCUGGAUUGACACCCUUGCACCUGUGUGCCAUGAGGGGUAAGGAAAACCUCUGUAGGUUGUUACUUGAUCACAACGCGGAUGUAGAUGUAGGUUGUUACUUGAUCACAACGCGGAUGUAGAUGUAGAUUGUUACUUGAUCACAACGCGGAUGUAACUAUUCAAGAUAAUGAUGGAGCUACACCCUUGCACCUGUGUGCCAUAGGGGGUAACGAAAACAUCUGUAGAUUGUUGCUUGAACACUACGCAGAUGUAAAUAUUCAAGAUAAUGCUGGAUGUACACCCUUGCACCUGUGUGCCAUGGGGGGUAACGAAAACAUCUGUAGAUUGUUACUUGAACACAACGCGGAUGUAAAUAUUCAAGAUAAAGAUGGAUGUACACCCUUGCACCUGUGUGCCAUGGGGGGUAACGAAAACAUCUGUAGAUUGUUGCUUGAACACAACGCAGAUGUAAAUAUUCAAGAUAAAGAUGGAUGUACACCCUUGCACCUGUGUGCCAUGGUGGGUAACGAAAACACCUGUAGAUUGUUGCUUGAACACAACGCGGAUGUAAAUAUUCAAGAUAAUGCUGGAUGUACACCCUUGCACCUGUGUGCCAUGGGGGGUAACGAAAACAUCUGUAGAUUGUUGCUUGAACACAACGCGGAUGUAAAUAUUCAAGAUAAUGCUGGAUGUACACCCUUGCACUGA